AUGUGCAGAGCAAGUCAAGUGCAUAGUGCUGUGCACUUGACUUGCAAAUUAAGAAGAGAGCAGCGGCCGGGAGAGAGAGGAGCUCAGGAGCACAGAGGAAGAGCGUGCUCCGCCUCCACAGUCAUUUGCGGUAGGAUCCGCACAGUGAGGUCAGUGCUUUGGUAUCAAGGUCUGCAGACUGGGACACUGUCAGGAGUGUCCAGGGAGCAGUAAGCUUCAAUGUGAGUCUGCUCAUUCUUGUUGUAACUAUUGCUUUUUUUUAUUAAAUAGAUUGUUGUUUUUUUUAAGGGUAACAGGUGUUUUUGUGUGUGGGGGGUUUGCAGAAGGGGGAGCAGGGGUUUUCUAGCUGGGAUUUUGGGGAAGGGGUUUUAGUUUAGGGAGGAGCAGAGGUUUUAUAGAAGGGGUUAGGAGUUUUGUAAAAAAGAGGGGUAGGGUUUUGGGUAGGGGAGAGGUUUUGUAGAAGGGGCAGGCAUUUGGUGAAGUGGCAGGGGAAAGGAUUUUGUGAGGGACAGGGGUUUUGUUGAAGGGGGAGCAGGGGGUUUGUAGAGGGGGCAGGAGUUUAGUAUAAGGGGGGCAGGGGUUUAGGAUAAGGGGAGCAUGGGUUUUGUAGAAGGGGAGCAGAGGUUUAUAUAGAAGGGGAGCAGAGGUUUAUGUAGAAGGGGAGCAUGGGUUUAUGUAGAAGGGGAGCAUGGGUUUAUGUAGAAAGAGUGCAGGGCUUUUGUAGAGGGUGGCAGUAGUUUUGGUGGAGGGGGAAGGUUUUUAGUGAUAAUGUGUACAUUGCUGUAUUGUAGAUAUAUAUAAUGAUAGCAUGUUUUUUGUUAAAGGGGGAGAAGGAACUUUUUAGAAGGGUGGGCAGUGGUUUUAUUAAAGGGGGAGCAGGGGUUUUGUAGAAGGGGCAGGGGUUUUGUAAAAAGUGGAGCAGGGUUUUUGUAGAAAGGGGGGCAGGGGUUUUGUGGAAGGGUUUUGUAGUAGGCGGAACAGGGCUAUUGUAGAAGGGGCAGGGGUUUUGCUGAAGGGAGGGCGACACAUGUUGGGCUCGCACAGGGCGUCUGAUCACCUAAGGCCGGCCCUACCUAUCUGUCAUUGUUGCUCGGCUACGCUAAAAGGAGUGAAUGGCUGGAGAGCAGUGCUGUGCUGUGUGCUCUCCUCCUGCAAACCCCUGGGUCGGUGCGCCCUAAGGCAGCUGCCUGUUAUGCCUUAUGGUUGCACCAGCCCUGAAUGGCACCUGUCAAGGGGUGGUGUAUAUUAGGCAGCAAGGAAAUAAUCACUUCUUGUGUUGGAUGCAGGAAAAAUGGAAAAGCAAAAAGAUUUGAGUGACUUUGACCGCAAAAUGACCCAUGAUGACCCCUGUUCACCACCCAAAGUGCAGUCAAUGGGAACGUGAGCGUCAGAACUGGACUAUGGAGCAAUGGUAUACGUUUGCCUGGUCUGAUGAAUCACAUUUUCUUUAAGUUUGAUGUAAGGCCAGGUGCAUGUGGGGAAGAGCUAGCAGCAGGAUGCACUAUGGAAAGGAGGCAGGCUGUCAGAGGCAGUGUUAUGCUCUGGGCAAUGUGCUGCUGGGAAACCUUGGGUCUUCUCAAUUAUGUGGAUGUUAUUUUGACAUGUACUGCCUACCUAGAGACUGUUGAAGACCACAUCCACCCUUUUAUGCCAAUGGUGUUCCCCGAUGGCAGGGGCUUCUUUCAGUAGGAUAAUGCACACUGCCUCACUGCAAAUAUGGUUCAGGAAUGGUUUGAGGGACAUGAUAAAGGGUGCAAGGUGUUGCCUUGGCCUCCAAAUUCCCCAGAUUUAAAUCUGUUUGUGCAUAUGUGGCAUAUGCUGGAACAACAAAUCUGAUCCCUGAGGCCCCAUAUCGCAGCUUUCCAUACUUAAAUGAUCUGGUGCUAAUAUCUUGGUGCCAGACACCACAGGACAUGUUCAGAGGUCUUGUGGUGUCCAUGCUUUGACACAUGAAAGCUAUUUUGGCAGCACGAGGGGAACCUACAUGAUUUUAGGCAGUAAUAGUCACAAUUCCAGAUUCAAUGAAUGCAAACAUUGAUUAAGGCAUUUAGGAGCAAGUUUCACGUCUAGACUAUAAAUCCAUCUGCAUUUGUCCUUUAAAUUGUGUAUUGGAAAAAAAUAACAGCUAAAGAACUAUUUUUAUCAUUUUAAAAAAAAUAGCACACUAAUUUGCAAACCAACCUUUUGUAAAGCUUUUCUAGGUUUCUGGGUUCAUCUACUGUGCCAAGUCCUAUUAGAUUCAGUGGCACGCUAACUCUGUAGUAUUUGAGAGAAGGCAGAGGUGCUUGGCAAACUUCUGUUUAUGUAAUAAGUUCUCUGAGUUACAUUUUUGGCAUUAUUUGUAGCCUAACAAAUAUAUUCAGUUUUUAAGCAGAUGAUUAAAAUGGAAAAUGCAGCUGUCUGUUCAAUAUUUAGCAUAUGAUUAUCUAAAAAAAAAAGACAACCAGUAAACUAACCAGUGGCUUAGAUAAUCCAACAGAAAGAUACAUUCAACAUUGGUAUACUGCAACAGAGAUUUAUUAUGGAUAGUAAUUAGGAGUACACAGAAGAUAACAUACUGAUCCGAAUCUGAGAUUCUCUCUUCUAGGUGGUAAUGCCUAGUAAAUGUAAAAGCUGAAGCCUAGGUAGCUGCCUUACAAGAACAACUAGAAAGCUAGAAUCUAUCCUUCAAUGGAACUUCUUCUAUAACUCUGCUUGACAACGUUUAAUAUUGCUUAUUUUUAAUGUGAGAUAUUUUUAAAGAUGAUAUCACACAAAUCUUGGUUCUGCAGUUGAGCAAAAUUCUAUCUUGCAGCCCUACGUGCUGGUGUCCGGGACCCAAGAAUCCAAAAUUGUAUUUGCCCAAAUCAGAAAGAAUUCUCUCAGUCUUACCCCUUGUCAGUAUUGACAGGUACCCAACACAUAGAACCCAAGUAAUUUUGCUCACAAAUAAAGGAAAGGGACCUCAGUUAGGAAAAAGGACAAAUGAGUCAUUUGUUACAUGUGAGUUUACAGAGGAAGAGGUCCUAUUUCAACUGUCCAAAGUAAAGACAAAUAAGUCAAUGGGGCCUGAUGGAAUACACCCAAAGUUAUUAAAAGAGCUUAGUGGUGUACUAGCAAAACCAUUAACAGAUUUAUUUAACCAAUCAUUGUUAACAGGAGUAGUCCCAGAAGAUUGGAAGUUAGCGAAUGUUGUGCCCAUUCACAAGAAAGGUAGUACGGAGGAGUCGGGCAACUAUAGGCCAGUAAGCCUUACUUCAGUAGUGGGGAAAGUGAUGGAAACCAUGUUAAAGGAUAGGAUUGUUGAACAUCUAAAAUCACAUGGAUUUCAAGAUCAGAGACAACAUGAGUUUACUUCAGGGAGAUCAUGCCAAACUAAUCUUAUUGAUUUUUUUUUGAUUGGGUAACUAAAAUAAUAGAUCAGGGUGGUGCAGUAGACAUUGCUUACCUAGAUUCAGUAAGGCAGACUAGUUGGGCCGAAUGGUUAUCUGCCGUCACAUUCUAUGUUUCUAAGUUUCUAUUGUAAAAACUAGAAUAAACAGGACAAGCCAAGGUCAGGAGUAUAGAGAGAAUGUAAAUGGUGAAACAAGGUCAAGGACAAUAGAAAUCAGAAUUUUUAAAAUACAAGCGUGACAAGACAAGCGCGGCCCAUAGCUGGCAUGAUACUCUUACUUUACUGACUUGAACAUGUUUGUCUUGAUAAGGAUUUGGAGGUGUUCUUGCUGCCUCUUAAUUUGUUGCCUCUGGGAAGUUGAGAGGCUCUUCAUAGGUAACUACUAGAAAAAAAUGCUCAUAGUCUAUAUUGUUUUCUAUCUUGAAACAAUCAGUCCUCUUGCCUUCUUGUCUUUCAACUAAUAAGAUUAUAUGUUCUGCCUUCUGUAGAUAAAAAUGCCUUUUUUCAUUUGAUGACUUUUUUGAUUGCUUCAGUCAAUGGUUCCCCAAAAAUAAAUCUCUAUGGAAUGGAAUAAUGCAUAGAUUUCCCUUAGAGUCAUAGUUAGCACCCUAUGAAUAGAGCCAUCUACCAUAUGCCACAGUCAUGGCCAGGGAAGCCUCGGAGACAAAAUUAGUUGAUAAAUUCACUUCUCUUUUAGACUUCAAUAAGGUUUCUCUUCUUACUGGUGAAGAGGUGUCUCCUUUGGGAGUAAAAAGAGAUCCACACCUUAAUGGCUCUAGAGAGCAAAAUUAAUGAUAUGGCUGGAUGUAGAUAUAAUCCCAAGCAUUAGUAUGCAUUGACUAAAUUAGCUUUCAUUCUUUUCUGCAUUGGUUCUUUAAGAGAAAAGAUGAUGCCUGCAUGGAGAGGAAUAUAAGCUUUUAGCAGUCCUAGAUCCUCAAAGAACUUAUCUGACACAUCUAUGGAAGUUUUCUUUUCAGGAAUCUUCAAUUUUACUCUGAUCAUUAAUAUGAGUUUGUCUAUAUCAUUUGGGUCUCGGGCAUGAUUCUGAUCCUUUCAGGCCAUUAUCUGCCACAGGCUGCUCACUGUUUAAUAGAAGCAGAAUUUACUAACACUAAGUAAACCAAUUUAGGUCUUUCAGCCUUUUUGGUAGAUAACUCCCUAAUAACGUGGGAAUUAGGGCGUUAUCUACUAAGCGGCUGCAAGAUGCAGCCAAGGCACGAAUAGGAUCGGAGUUUCAUUCAUUCUAAUGAAAUUCCGACCCGAACAAAGUCCAGAAUUACGUCCCAACACGAAGGGACGAACUGUCUGGAAUACUGACAGGAAGCAUCGCGAGAUCAUGGAUCAAAGGUGAGAAUUGUGGGAAAAUUGCUCUGACCACCGGAAAUGAAGCACACUUUGCUCCUCCUCUGGUCAUAGCUGGCCAGGCGUAGGAAACCUCCAUAAGACAAAGUGGUCCCUACUUUGUCUUAUGUUUUAAAAAAUAAAACUAGAGCAGACAGGAAGAAAUGAAGAACAGAUCCUGACAGAGGGAGAGAAGAGGAAUCGAUUGCGGAAAGGUAAGUUCGGCAUGACAGUGCCGCUUUAAGUCAAGGCCUACGUUAGAGAGUUUACGUAACACAGAUAAGAAAAACUUCACAAUUACUAAAGCAGGAAUUAAAGACAAAAUAAAUCACCUGCAUAAGUGUAACAAAUAAAUGUUUACUGAUAUCUUAAAAGAAACAUGUAAUUUAAAAAAUAUAUACACUAAAUGUAAAAAAUUCUUGAAUUUGUUGGAAACACACCAAAUACAAACCAUGUGACCACCAAAAAAGCCAGAAGGCAAUCAGUAUUAAAAUACAAACUGUUUGCUUCACUCUACUGGAAACUUUACUUGAUUUCAAAAUAAAAUCAGAGCUAAAACAUACUUAGCUUUUCAUGUCAAUAAAAUAUUUCUAUAUUGAGCUCGAAUUCAAAAGGUAAUUAAUGAUCAUUCAUAGGAAUACGAUUCUUUGCAUCUCAGGUUUAUAAAACAUGAUUCGUAUUAAAUAAAACAAUUUCUCUCUAUGCUUUGUAAACUUAUUCAAGUAAUAUUAUUUUACUAACUUUAAUUAAAGCACACUGUGGGGCCGGGGCUGAGAAGCCGAGCAAGCUAGAUGCAGGCAGAGUGAGCUCUUAAGCACUUUCUGGACUUAAGCCUACAACACCCAAUUCUUGUUGUCAUAUUUGACAUGUAUUCAAGGCAAAUACCUUCACAUGCCAGAUACUGCAUGGAAAGUUUGUUUUUUUAAGUUUAUCUUGAAAUCUUUGGGUCUAACAUUGUGUGGCCUAGUAGGGCAAGCCAAGCAGCUGAUCUCCUGUCCUAGAUACACACACAGUACUUACUAGUCCCAUUUCCCUGCCCCUUUGGACCGGUGGGUUUUAUCCUAAUCUAACCCAUUUUACAUAAUCCUAAUCUUGACCUGGCUUGACAUAGCAAGGACUCAGUUUUUACAACCUGUAUAUCUAUUUUGCCACAAUUUAAGAUAGCUGAUGUUCACCAUGUGGCAUCUAUGGAAGAACUAAACAUACCUGACUCUUACAUACAUCUUACAUUACAUUCAUAAAUAAUGCAGACUAUUAUCACCCUUUAAUCUCCUAUGUCUUAAAUUCUGGAAGCCAUUGAAGGAGAGGAGUGAUGAUGUGACCGCAAAAUCUUCCCAACACGACCGAAAACCACCUCCCUGCUUUGGUACUCCACCAGAGUUUCAUUUUAUCAUGUGUACAGAAAGAUUUCAGACUUCCAUUAAUAGUAUUGGAAUAAGUUAAACAUGUCUUAAUAAUUACUGGAAUCUAGUAUAUAUAUCUUUUUUUUUUUUUUUUUAUCAUAUUGAACCUUGACCCAAACACAUAAAUCUAGCAUAUUUGUUAGAAGAAUGUGAAUUUCUUGUUUCCUAUAAUAGAGUUCAUGCAUUACUGAUUCAUUACAAAUUCAUGCAGGGCAUUUCAGGCCUUGUAGGCCAAAAAGGAGAUCCAGGAUCCUAUGGUGCCAAAGGAGAAAAGGUAAGGUAACUUUAAUUUAUAUUGUCAAACUUUUGACAGUUUAUACUAUUGCCUGUACCUAGCAAUGUAGCUGAAAGAGGUUCCUGGUGCAAAAAAAUUAUUGGGCAUCCCUAUAGGGCAGUAGUGGCCAAAAGAUAGAUCUUCAGCCAUUGUACAACUUCCAUGAUGCUUUUCCAGCUGGGGAUCUGCCACUUGCGGUCUUGCACGUUUUUGCAGUGUUGUAUUUGUCUUUAGCACCUGUGUAUUUGAAUGAAAAUCUGUUUUCUAGGAUGUAUGUGUGUGUAAAAGUGAAUACAGACGUGCGUUUGUGUGUAGGGUUGGAUGCAGUAAUAUAUUUGUGUGAAAUGGUGUUUAAAAAAACAUGUGUAUUCACAGUAACACAUACACCGAGACACACUCAGAUACACAUGCACAGAUGCAACUUGACAUAAACAGGUACAUGCACACUGGCACACACAGAUAAAAACACUGACAUGAACCGUAAACUACACAAAUACCCACAGAUAUACACAGUGACACACACAGACAUACAGAUACACACAAUGAAACACACAGAUACACAAACUGACACACACUGAUACAAUCUAUCACAUACACAAGCACAUUGACACAGACACACCCAAGUAAAAGAUGUUGGCUUCUACUCCCUCUGCACAGAUAUGUAUUGUUUCUGUUUGCUGAAAUUUCAUACUUGCCUCUGCCCCAUCCACAAUUCUAGGUAAAUGGGGACUUAGGCAUAAUUUAAACAAACAAAAAAGAAGUCUGCCUAUGCUGCAUAUGUCCAUGCUGUGUCAGAGGAACCAGUACAACCAAAUGUAUGUGGUAGGUUCUCUGAUGGUGGAAGACAUACCAAUAUUUUUAUCCCAUGCUGUAAGUUUAGAUCUUGAUCCAUGUUGCAUAAAAGUUUGCAUUUGUGCACUACCAUAGUAGAACAGUGAUAUUCACUUGGGCACCCACCUAUCACAAGGACAGAGCCCAUGGUUGUGCCAUGGCCAUUAAGAUUUUUUAGCAGCUGUAAAGUAGUGGUACACAAAGAGGACCAGAAACAUGAAAUUGUCAAGACUUGUAGUCAACAGAAGGAAUGGGAGCACAUGUUUUCAGCCUUAAAAGAGUGGGUCUGUGUUGAAAGAAAAUGUUCAUGGUCAAAUAAAAGAAAAUCUCAAUAUGUGACCCUGGAUCAUAGUUGAGAAGAUGUUUGAGUUAGGAUACACAACAAUCCAGAACCUCUUGAAAUUAUUUGCAAUGUAAUCUAGCAUUAUAAUAGGUGAAGGUAAGCCAGUAGGGCACUCUAACAGUAAGGUAGGCAGAGAGUGGUGCAAGAGUGAGAGAAAAGUAAUGGGUAAGUUUGGCAUGUAUAGUUUGUUCUUUGGACACCCAGGAGCAAGCGGAGACAAGAGGGAUUCAUGCUCCUUACAUAUCAGAGCCCCACUGCAAUCGCUGAUAUAGGGGUUUUUUUGUUGUUGUUUUUUUUAUUAAACAGAAAACUAGAAUCCAGUGUUACUAUUACAAUUAUUAUCCUUGAAUAGAUUCUCUUGAUAUAAUGUACCAAACAAUCUGACUGAUAUUUUUCAGGGUAACAGGGGAAUACUGGGCACUGAAGGAUAUCGAGGAGUGCCUGGGGUUUCUGGAGCUAAGGUAACAAAUUGUACAAUUUGAAAGAGAUAUAACUGGAUUGUAUGAACUGGAGAUUAUAGCCAUCUUGGCAACUGUAGCCUAAAUUUUUCAAACAUCAUCAAAACGUAUUGUUUAGAGCGUAAAUACCAAACAAUAAUACGUCUGGGACACUUUAAUAUAUCACUAUAUCCAUGGUGUUCUUGCUCACUGUCAUUGACCAUAAAAUGUAUAGAUGGGGAAAAAUGAGUCAACCCUUCUACCGUUACAAAAGCGACACUCAGGGUAAUUCACUAAAUGGGAUAAUUCCAACCGGAAUGGCAAUUCUAAUAUAUUUACUAAAGCUAAUUCUGUUCGAAAUUUGGUCAAUCUUACCAAAUCUGUAGAAUUCGGUCAACAACGUUCAGUGUAUGUAUAAAAAUCAGUGCUUUUCUCAUCCAAACCCUAUACAAGGUAUAUGAUUUGAAAUAUUUACAAAGCAUUAAUUGUAUAGAAAAAAAUCAGGGCCAAAUACUUCUGGCAGGAUUUAUAUUUGCAAAUAAUCAUUCACUUGCUUAUUUCAAGCAAACUAUAAUUUGAAAGACUAUUUGCCAGGUGAUAGCACUGGCAAGGCACAACGAGCCCAAACACUACAAAUGCGGGAUUGUCAUUUCUCCCCAAGUUAUUAAUGCUAUUGUGGUGACAAUGGAAAAGGAAUGAUGAGCGUAGAGAAACAGGGUUUGUUCUUUAUAUAACCAGUUUAAAUCUAUCGAUAGAUAGAGACAGACAGGUGAAUCUAACCUAUAUUUUUUUCCAAUUCAGGGAAACAUAGGAACCAGAGGACAAAAGGGAAACAAAGGAGAACGUGGGGAUGAGGUAAGUGUACUAUAUUUCAAAAAUAAAAUCUUUGCAAAUGAGCCACUCUAAGGGUAUUGCAGCGAUGCCUCGAUUUCUCGAUGGCAGGCUUCCGAUGCUCUGCCUGUGUGCUGAGUGCCUCAAGGGGUCAAGGCAUUCAGUGAAGACGUCCUUGAGGACGUCAUCAGAAACAUUCCCUUGAGGACUGAUGACGGUCCUGAACCAUCAUAACGUAAAACAGGCCAUCCUUAUUACUUACCCGAUCGCCAUCGUUCCCCCGCCAAUGAUCAGUGUUGCUCCCAGUCUGAGGGGACUGCCUGACAGCCCAGACAGAGAGAUCACAUUACCGCAAUGAGUCCAUGCAUCUGCCUGCAGGGGGACUGCCUAAACUGACAGGCAGUCUCCCUGUUACUGAAAAAUAAAAGAAAAUGUUAGCAAAUAAAAAAUAAAUAUUAAAAAAUAUAAAGAUAUCUUAUCUAUAUACUGUCAUACUAAAUGUGUUUAUAUAUUAAAAUAUACAUAUAUUAAUAUAAAAAUACACUUAUAACUAAAUUACACACGUAUGUGUAUAUAUAAUAUAUAUAUAUAUAUAUAUAUAUAUAUAUAUUAUAACUAUAUAUAAAUUGUAUAUUAUAAAAUAUAAAAAAUAAGUAAAUAAAAUUUAAAAAAGUAAAAAUAAUUUAAAAAAAUUAGUUAUAUAUAUAUAUAUAUAUAUAUAUAUAUAGACACAUGUAAUUUUAUUCUAACUGUAUUUUGAUAUUAAUAUAUAUUUAGAUCAAAAUACUCUUAGAAUGAAAUUUGAUAUAUAUAUAUAUAUUAUAUAUAUAUAUAUAUAUAUGUAUGUAUGUAUAUAUAAAUAAAAAUAAUAUGAAAUAUAUAAAUAGAUCCAUAUACAUAAUUACAUAAAUAAUUUCAUAAAUAUACACGUAGAGUUCAAAUAUAUAAAUAUGUAUAUAUAUUUAAAUUCAAUAUGCAUAUUUAUGCAAUAUUUUUACAACAGUAAAACAUAUCACAGCCAUGAUAUUGUCAGUAAAAAUGAAGUUGUUUGCAUUUUUCACACACAAAUGGCACUUUCACUGAUGAUUUCAUUGUUGUGAUACAUUUUACUGUUUUGAAACACUAAUAUUUGUGUUCAGCGAAGUCUCCCAAGUAUAACAUAACCCCCCAUGCACAGGGUUUAUAGUGUUUUUGAAAGUUACAGCGUCAAAUGUAAGGCUUGAUUUUCAGUUUUUUUCACAUUGAAAUUUGCCAGAUUGGCUAUGUUGUCUUUAAGACCGUAUGGUAGCCCGGGAAUGAGAAUUAUCCCUAUGAUGGCAUACCAUUUGCAAAAGAAGACCCCAAGGUAUUGCAAAUGGGGUAUGUUCAGCCUUUUUUAGUAGCCACUUAGUCACAAACACUGGCCAAAGUUAGCGUUUUUGAAUUUUUAACACACAAACAAAUAUAAAUGCUAACUUUGGCCAGUGUUUGUGACUAAGUGGCUACUAAAAAAGACUGGACAUACCCCUUAUUGAAUACCCUGGGUUGUCUACUCUAAAAAAAUAUGUACAUGUGGGGUGUGAUUCAUAGAUUUAUGACAGAUAACAGUGUUACGUCGUCACUAUUGAUAAAUUUAAAAUAUAUAUAUAUAUUGAAACAGCAAUUUCAUACUUGUACUUAUAGCCCUAUAACUUGCAAAAAAGCACAUAAACAUUGGGUAUUUUUAAACUCAGGACAAAAUUUUGAAUCUAUUUAGCAGUUUUUUUCAUUGGCUUUUGUAGAUAAGUAAAAGAUUUUUCAAGUAAAAGUCACCAAAAGGUCUUCCGGGUCUUUUGGUGUUGCUGAGCUCACCGGUGUGUUCUUUCUUUUUAAGGAUGUUCCAAACAGUUGAUUUGGCCACACCAAAUGUUUUUGCUAUCUCUCUGAAGGGUUUGUUUUGUUUCUUUCAGCCUAAUGAUGGCUUGCUUCACUGAUAGUGACAGCUCUUUGGAUCUCAUAUUGAGAGUAGACAGCAACAGAUACCAAAUAGCACUCUUGAAAUGAACUCUAGACCUUUUAUCUGCUCCUUGUAAAUGGGAUAAUGAGGGAAUAACACACACCUGGCCAUGGAACAGCUGAGCAGCCAAUUGUCCCAUUACUUUUGGUCCCUUAAAAAGUGGGAGGCACAAAUACAAUUCCUACACAGUUCACCUGAUUUGGAUGUAAAUACCCUCAAAUUAAAGCUGAAAGUCUGCAGUUAAAGCACAUCUUGUUCGUUUCAUUUCAAACCCAUUGUGUUGGUGUAUAGAGCCAAAAAGAUUAGAAUUGUGUCGAUGUCCCAAUAUUUAUGGACCUGACUGUACAACAUCGCAAAAACAGGCCGGUCCUUAAGGGGUUAAAGGACUACUAUAGUGCCAGGAAAACAUACUCCUUUUCCUGGCACUAUAGGGUCUCUAGGUCCCCCCCCACCCUUAGGGUCCCCCUCCCACUGGGCUCUAAGGGGAGGAAGGGGUUAAACACUCACCUUUUCUCCACCGCCGGGCUCCCUCAGCGGUGGGGACUCUCCGCCUCCUUUCCCGUCAUCGGCUGAAUGUGCAUGCGCGGCAAGAGCCGCACGCGUAUCCAGCCAGUCUAAUAGGAAAGCAUUCUCAAUGCUUGCCUAUGGACGCUGGCGUCUUCUCAUUGUGAAAAUCACAUUAAGCGCCAGUAGCGCUAGGCACGGAAGCGCCUCUAGCGGCUGUCAAUGAGACAGCAACUAGAGGCUGGAUUAACCCAUUGGUAAACAUAGCAGUUUCUCUGAAACUGCUAUGUUUACAGCAGAAAGGGUUAAUUCUAGGGGGACCUGGCACCCAGACCACUUCAUUAAGCUGAAGUGGUCUGGGUGCCUAUAGAGGUCCUUUAACGUUAAGAAAACUAAAAAACGGUCUGGUCACUAAGGGGUUAAACCAAAAGUGUUGGGCAAUUUAUUUCAGGUCAGGGGCACAUUGUAGAGUACUAUGUGUAUAAUUAUAAAGGGAAAUGUUUGCAUGUAUAUGUUUGAGCAUGAGUGCGUGUAACAGAGAAAAAUAUAAAUCCCAAACUGGCUCUGGCCUACCAGUAGGCUUAGUGGCAAUUCAGAUAUGCUUGUGCAAACUGAGUGGUGAUUGCAGGUGGUGAAGGGUAAUCCUCAGUUUAUGCAUUGCAACACUUAGAGGAAGUGAUCAAUCCAUAUACACACAUACAACCCCACAAGCAGCGUCUCACGUGCAAUAAUCCAAGCAACCAUGCAUAUAUACACACCAAACACUCAAUGUGGCAUAUUAUCCACACACAAUAUUACAUAAACAUCCCCCAUACAGAGCCCACAUUCAUAAGUAUCAUACACAAUACUAUAAACUACUUAUGAACAUAUCAGUGGCGGAUCAAGAGACUGAUCUCGGGAGGGGCACGUUUAUAUUAUUUAAAGAAAUAAUCCAUGCACAAUAACCACUACAGCUCUGUGUAGUGGUUAUGGUGCCAGGAGUGCCGGGACCCCCUCCCAGAGUAAGUAGUCAAACCAUUUAAGAACAGUUUGACAACUUACCUGGGAUCUGCUGGAAUAUGGGGCUGUAGUAGAGCAUAGGAGCAGUGGUGUAAUGUGAGGGGUGCAGUGUGUGUGUGGGGGAGGGGGUGUAGUGUGUGAAUGUGUAGGGUGUGUGGGGCAAUGUGUGUAUGGGGGCUGUGUAUGUGUGUGUGUGGGGUAAUGUGUGUGUGUGUGUGUGUGUGUGGGUGGCAGUUUGUGUAUGGGUGGGCAGUGUAUAUGUGUGUGUGGGGGUAGUGUGUUUAUGGGGGACUGUAUGUGUGUGUGGCAAUGUGUGUGUGAGGGGCAGUGUGUGUAUGGGUGGGCAAUGUAUAUGUGUGUGGGGCAGAGUGUUUGUAUGUGUGGGGGCAGUAUGUGUAUGGGGGCAGUGUAUGUGUGUAUGGUGUAUGGUAUGUAUGGGGGGGCAGUGUAUGUAUGGGGGCAGUGUGUAUGGGGGGCAGGUAUGUGUGUGUGGUGUGUGUAUGGGGGGUCACUGUAUGGCAGUGCAGGUGUAUGUGUGUGUGGGGGCAGUGUAUGUGUGUGUGUGUGGGCAGUGUGUGUAUGGGAGGCAGUGUAUGUGUGUGGGGGGGCAGUGGGGCAGGUGUGUGGGCAGUGUGUGUAUGGGGUAUGUGUGUGUGUGGGGGUAGUGUGUGCACGGGGGCAGUGUAUGUGUGUGUAUGGGGGGCAUGUGUGAAUGUGUGUUGAGGGCAGGGGGGCUUUUUGAUAAAAAAAUAAAUAAAGAAUUUAUAAAAUGUAAUAGAUUUAUGUCCCCCCUCCCUUCUUACCUUUAUUGGGAGGAGGGGGGACAUUUCUCCAACCCUGGUGGUUCGGGGGGAUUCCCUGGUGGUCCCAGUGGUAGGAGUGAACUCUAGCCCGUAGCUGCAGGACUAGAGUUCACUCUCGCAAGAUUUGGAGCGUUGCCAUGGUAACCGCGGCAACGCUCCAUGCUCGCGAGAAUAGGACCCGGAGGAGCUGCAGACUGAGCUUCCGGGUUCUCUCUCCCUCACUCCCCUGCCGGCUGCCAGCAUAAUGCCUGCGGACCAGGGAGGGAGAUUUCUGAUCUCCCUCCCCGGUCCGCAGGCACAUUGCAGGGUUGGCACUUGGAAAAUGCCAGCCCUGCAUUAGCCGGCAGGGGAGAAUCUCGGGGGGGGGGGGCAAUUGCCCUCCCCCCUGGAUCCGCCAGUGGAACAUAUACACUAUAACAGCCUGCAUACAUACAAAUACAAUGCUACAAGGCAACUGCAGCACCCAUAAAUAACACAAGCAGACUACGGCAAUAUACACACCUUAGUUUUAAAAAAUAGGAUUUGCACACCAAGGGACUCCCAGAUGUUUUUGACACAGUUUUGGCACAGUACUACUAAAAGGUUGCCUACCCAGCCAUAGGCUCCACAUGUGGUGGAUCCACAGUGGUGCUCAUCCUGUGAUUUCUGGAUUAAAUCUGCCAACUGCUUCCUUUUGCUAUUAAAGAGCAAGCAGAAACAGGUCACAGAUAACUGUGAGACCGGUUAAUCAGAUGAAUCUACUGGCUGAGCUGCACAUUAGAGACACCCCACAAUGGUCGUCUAAGGGUGCUUGGGCUAAGAGAGAUGCCAGGAAGGUGAAGCAAACGUCUUAAGUGCAGUCUUUAGGAGCAUGAAAGAAAAAUGGAUUUCACGUUGCCUGACUGUUAUGAGAGAGCUCCAGCUAUUACUCUUAACUAAACGAUAAACAAACAGAACAAUAGCUGAAAAUGUAGCCCAUGGAUCAGCGCAGCUAAGAGGAAUAGGCCUUGACAGAGCCAGGAGGUAGGCAUAGCAGCCACAGGAAUUUAGUGACAGCUAGCAUGCUGGGUAGGGCGGAGCCAUAAGGGGAGUAUUUAUACCAGCCAUUAUAUGAAGUGGCCAUUUUAACUGAACCUAAGCUUACCUGUCAGUUGUGAAAGCUGUCUGUCCUGGAGGGAGAAGGCAGCAGCAUGGAGGCAGCAUAGAAGAACAGGCAGCAUGGAGGCAGCAUGAAGAACAGGCAGCAUAGAGGCAGCAUGAAGAACAGGCAGCAUGGAGGUACAGGAGGCAGCAUGGAGAUACAGGAGAGGCUGGAGUGAGCUGCUACUACAUGAUCACUCCCAUCAGCAGCAUGGAGGCAGCAUAGAAGAACAGAGGCAGCAUGGAGGUACAGGAGAGGCUGGAGUGAGCUGCUGCUGCUGCAUGCUCACUCCCAUCAGCCUCAGACAGAGCUCCAAGAAAGCCACCAUCCUGGUCACAAAGGUUGUGGCAGAAUCGUGGCUGGUGGCUGCAGGAGCAGCUGGGGGCCCCGAGCACGUCUGCUACCCCCCCCCCCCACGCGGCGGUGGAACAGAGGCCAGCAAGGAGAGCGAUGACACCCCAGCGGCAGCCUGUGAGUGACAUCCUUAGUUCGCCAGCCCGUGAGCCUGUUAGGAGGCGGCAAGGGGAAGGCUGAAAAUGAGGUCGGAAAGCAGGCAAGAGUUGGAGGGCGGCUGGCGCCGUUUUUUUUUCGACGCGGCGCCGGUCAGGCAAGGUGGCAGGUCAGGAUGAGGCCGCACAGGAAGAGCGCCCCCUGCAAUAAGGCGGGGGGUGGGAAAGCACAAAGGACAGCGGAAUCCAGCAUGACAUGAUGGCCGCCAGGCAGGGAGAGCGGGGACAUUGAGGGGGCACUUGAAGGUGGAGGAUAAGAUUUGAUAAAGGGGAUUUGAAAAAAAAUAAAACAUUUCCUGUCUUCCGCUCGAUGAGUUCAUUGAUUUAAAAGGGGUGGUUCCUAAUGAUGGUGCAGGAAAUGCGCUCUUUCCGGGGGCUGCCGGCGCACCCCCAGGAGGUGCGGUGCUGGCUGGACAGAAGAAAGGUCAGUGCAACUAGGGACUGUCGGGCAGGCUUCGAUACGGGUGUUCCGGAGGCAGUGGGAGUCACGGUGUCAACUGACGUGUCAAGAAAGGAAAACCUAAGGCAGGAAGGGUACUUGGCAGGGCUUCAGGUCCGCGAUUGCGGCUCGGAGUGGCACCAGUGAUGAUCAGUGCAUUGCUGCUGUGGCUAAGGCAGUAAGCUUCCCAUGAAUGCGCUAGUUUUAUGGCUGGGAUUGUUGAGGGGGUUUACGCUAUUCCAUUCAAAGUCGAGGGACCAGGAAAAGUGGUGGGCGAAUAUUAAGUCCAUGGGGGAACUUCCGCGCCAUUAGCUGACCUGUGGGUGUCUCCAUGGGGGGUGGUCCCCUAGAAAUGGGCGGGCAAAUUCCGUCCGAUACAAAACUUAUCGCACCCGAAAGGGGCAUCGGUAAAUGAGGACAUUGCCGCGGAACUGUUCUGUAUCGUUGGCAUCAUUCGGCCUUGCCGUCGAGUUGGUUUGGGGGAACAGGACGCGUUCGAUUAUUGGCGACCCUUCCAUCUUUUGGGUUGCAUGUUUGCAGGUUCCUAUUGGUAACCUCUACUUGCCAAGGGGCAGUUCCAUUCAUGUUCCUACUUCGGGAAUCAGAAAGGGGUUCCUUAGUACAUCAUCUGUAACAUAGCUUGCUGUGUGGUCUCGGCUGGGCCGGGCCGUUGUGGACAUACCUUACGGUCGCGGGAAUCCUACCGCACGUCUUUGCUUGGGCUGGAAGUUGUUUCGGUGGUAGGAGAGUGUCGAUUGCCUGGGGUUCCGUUGACUGCACUUCGGGAGUUCAGGCUGAAGGUUCGCAGGUCCAAGAAGGUCACUGAGAAAUCGCAGUUGUUCAUAAGGCAGUUUCAAGUUGCAUGUCGGGUUAGUCGCGAGGACUGGGUUGGUAGCCAUUUCAUGGCGAAGGCUACUUGUGGAGCCUUUGCGGGUGGUAUAUAGUUGUUCACGGAUACCUCUGGGAACAUAGAUUCCGGGGCAUACCUGGAAGGCAGGUGGUGCGCAGAGCGGUGGUGGGAGGCAUGAAAGGUGAGUCCUCUUAUUCGAAGUUGGCAUCUUUUAAGUUAUUUCCAUUGGGAGUGGCUGUGGCUCUAAAAGGUGAAGGAUUAAGGGAUGAAAAGUCAUAAUUCACGCACAAUACGGCGGGUUUCAUGUGGUUUACCAUCCAGCCGGGUCUUCGGUUCAGGAGGUACGCCGAUGGCGGCGAUUCGUAUCACUGUUCAGGUAUCGGGUGCAGGCAUGCCACGUGCCUGGUUGGCGGAAGGUAGGGGCUGAUUACUUGUCUCGCGCACAAGGGGACAAGCUGCGAAUGGCGGCCCCAGGGGGCGCGGGAGGAGGGUCAGUCCAGUCUGGAGGAAAUGUGGCAGCUCGAGACGCAAUGCUUGGAGGAUCGAUACAGAAUCCUAUGGCACCUGGCACAGGGACUGCCUAUGUGAACGUUUGAGAUAUGUGGGACAAGGCGGUUGGUUUCACUGUGGGGGCAAAGUCAAAGGAGGGGAGAAUGGAUACCUUGCUGUGGUUCCUAAGCCGUUUGUUCGUUCAGCGUUAGCUCCAUCGGCAAUGGACAGGAGCAUGGCGGCAUUGUCGUAGGGUUCAAACUGACCGAUUGGGAGGAAGUGAUGGAACGUUGUCACGUCCGUCAGGCAUCGCGGGUCUUACAGAGAGGUAUGAAAUAUGUCUGUGCCGGGCGGCAGGUUUCCUUGGGUAACGCAACGCCUGGUGGUGUAUUACUCUACUUUUGCAGUGAGCUUGCUUGCGGUGGCCUUCUCGGAGGCUUGGGGCAAUUUGAAUUGGGGAACUGGUGAGUGCCUUCGGGCAGGUGUUGGGGGGUUCUACACUCGGUUGUUGAACCUCAGUCGGUUAAGGUAACGAUUCAGUAGGGUUGUUCAAGAACGGAUGUUUCUGGUAAAGGAGGUUUGGUAAAGCUAUAUUCCCUGCCGGGGUCAGGGGUACGCCCGGUGUUAAGCGCAUCAUGCUACUUGGAGCUUUGCCCGGACAUCCCGGGUGUCUAACUGGUAAAAGGGGACAGAUCGGUGCUGUCACGAUUCAAUUCCCGCAGGUGUUUGUUCGGAGGGGUUUGACAAUGUUGGGUUUGGAUCCCGGGCACUUUGGGACCCAUUCUUCCCGGAUGAUGGCGGUAACAGAGGCACCCCACCUGAUUUUAAGUGAGGACAUAGGGAAACGUUUAGGCAGGUGGGAGUCAGUACGGUUUAAGUCCUGUUUCAGGCCAGUGUAUUUGGUUUAAUGGCUAUGGACGUAUGGGUUUGUGUUUGGGGCUAUGCCUUGUCACUAAUUACUUUUGUUUCAGGUUUGGUGACAUGGUUGGUGGGUCAUUAUUAUAUCUAAGGGGCACAGAUGGGAACCGCGUUUCGGUUCAAACGCAACUGGGCUUUCCUUUGGAAUUGGUGGAGUAGGAGUGGUUUUGGUUUUCGGGGAUUUUGGUGGCAAGACAUUAGGGGAGAAGAUUUUCCGGGAGGUAACAAGGGGUACUGUCCAGGACAUUCUGGAUAUUGGCAUGGUCCCGGAAAAGGAAUUGAUCAGGUGGAGGCAGAGGGAGGUGGACCGGCUAUGGGAGCUGGCCACGGGUGUGGUGGUGGUGCGGUCCGAGAUGGUUCCUCGGUUACAUUGGAGACAUACUAUGUACCCGGCCGUGGUAGCUCGGUGUCGAGGACGACUUAAUAAAAAAUUGAUGGCGGUAUUUAUCAGAUGUGGGGGCGGUGUAACAGUGAGACACAAUGAAUUGGGAGGAAAGCUCCCUGGGUACUCCAGGUGGGAUGGGGUACAUUUUUGGAUGUAAGGUGUGAUCUGUUUAAAUUGGGCCUUCAGGAAGGCAUUCAACAGGCCUUAUUCCGGUGUGGUGGGGAUCGCUCAGGAGCUUUAGGUGUCAAGUCCUGAGCUGUGGCGGGGAAUGGCCUGGUUAAAUCGGAGGGGAGAUGGAGGAGAAAGUGGGCAUCCUGAGGUUUAGUGUGGAUUGGGCAGUGUUGCACGUGGUUGGUAGGUUCGAGCCCGUCGGUGGCUCCGAACCUGGGGGUGUGGUGGUGUCUUGGUACACCCUACACUGGAACUGGUGGGUAGCGGUGUCUUGGUACACCCCUACAAUGGAUAUGGUGGGUAGCGGUGUCUUGGUACACCCCUACAAUGGAUAUGGUGGGUAGCGGUGUCUUGGUACACCCCUACAAUGGAUAUGGUGGGUAGCGGUGUCUCGGUACACCCCUACAAUUUAACCUGGUGGAAAUGUGGUCAAAUUGGGCGGCCAGUUUCUGUGUUAACAUGUUAUUUAGAUUGUUAUCUAUUGUUAUUAUUGUGGGGUCAUUGCUAGGGGUAUGUUAUGUAUAUGGGGGAGGUUAUCAUUAUAAAGAUUUGUUGGCAAUGACCCCAUUUGUUAUUCCUUAAUUAUUUUAUUAAUAAUUUAAUAAAGCUGUGGACGAAUUAUUUCCAACAGUAUAACCUGUGUCCGUGUUUUAAUGGGGGUUUGGGUAAGGUUAGCGCAUAUGCCGGCAAAUCCGACUGUGCGUCUGUCAUGUAGCCACAGAUGUAAAUCAGUAUGAAUUCAGGUUUCAAGCAUGAGUCACCAUGGCAUUUCAUUCAGGGGUCAGACCAGAAAUGGAGUCAAAACUGCAAAGUAUAAAGUUUGCAUUUUCCAUGAAAUAUGAUGUCAGAUGUUCUAUGUCUCUUUUGACUGAUGUUGGUUGGAGUUCACAGCAUAUUUAGUUGAUGAAUGAAGUAAUCUCUUACUAACCAGCUUUUUACAUACAGUCAUUGGUAGGCGGAACAUGAAUGGAGUUUUAGUCCACUAAAGGUCUAUUAGCAAGUUCAGAGAAUGUGUAUAUCACCAUACCAUCGCAAUAAAACCAUGUUUAAUGUUAAUACGUUUAUUGCAGAGCUCCACAGCAAUAUAGCUCACUGUAGAGGACUAUUUAGCAGUGCUCCAUAGCAUUACAUGAGUGUACCACAGUGUUCCACAGCAAUGAAACUCACAGUAAUAUGCAAAAGGCAUAAGUAUAUGAGAAAGCACUGCAGCACUGAUUAAAAUGUGCAAUGUGAAAUAUUGUAUUACAAAACCUGCAGCAAUAAAAACCGUGAGUUGUGUACACAGGCAUGCACACAGGUUGUGCUGGAUGUGCCUAGGUACACCCUAAUGCAGUCAGAGUGCCGUUUGCUGGACAAUAAAGCAGGGGGAUGAAAAGACCGCGCACCUCCUCAUUUUGUUUUUAAAUAGCAUGGUGCCAAUCGAUUUAACUGGUACCAUGCAAACUAUUGCUGUCUACCAUUGAUGAACAGAAGAAAUAGACACGCUGUUCAGCUUGCAGAUUGUCUAAAUGGUGAACUAAUAUCCUGAAAAAAUGAAGCUAUUACACUUCCUGAUUUUCAAAGACUGAAUGCAGAAAAUGUUCAUAGCUCUAAGCGUAUUCACAUGUACGUCCGUCAGGCGACAACUGUACUCCUGAUGAACUAGUUAGUUGAUGAGCUGGUUAAUACAUCUCCUGGUGAACAAACAUACAGUUAGAAUAAUGUGUUUACGGCAAGUUAUAUGACAAGAGAGAAUGUUUGAUUAAGCAUACAGCUAUGUACAGGAAAGACAGAAAACCAAAUUAUUUCCUCUGAAAUAGCUGGCAGUAAUGAAUCAGGUCUUAUCUUCUAAUCCAUACUUUAUACUGAAUGCAUUUACUCGUAUAAAUCUAAGGUCUGGACUGGCCAAUGUCAAUUCUGUGCAAAAGUGAUGCUUCCAUCCUGCCCCUGUCUUCCCAUCAGUCUGUCCUUCCUGACAUCCUUCCCUGUCCGGCGAGGGGGAGUGACAUCAGGUAAGGAAGAUUGGGCUGCAGGGAGAAUUUGCACACAGUAAUGGAACAGUGGUAAGAGUAUGCGUAUAACUAAUCUGUAUUUUAGAUACGCAAUGUAAUAUAAUGCAUUUUGGACAUGAAGAUAUUAUGUAUCAUUAAUACUAUAUACUGCAUUAUAUUCCACAGGGAGAUAUUGGAAAAAAUGGCUUAAUUGGGAAAAAGGUAGGUACUAUUAACCAUGACACUUAAAAAUUGAGUUGUAUAGUUACAUCCAUAUUGUGUCUGUAUUUGCAGUGCAACAUUCAUAACCGCCCAUUAAGUAGCAUGUGAGACAAAAAAGAUUAAAACUGAUAUUUUUCCUUGGGUAUCUGUCUUGGUCUCUAGCUGCAAGCAAAUCCGCCACGAAAACUACUAAAUGUUUUAAUAUGUCAAAUGGAAAAGUCACAACAAAACCGGCAUGUGCCACACAAGAAAAUCGAAGAAAAAGAAUGGUCACAGGUCGAAGCUCACCAACAAGGACAGACAGAUGUCAAAAUGUAACUACUAUAUGACACCAAAGUACAGAAGCAAAAAUUAAUUUGAAAUUGAAUCAGCACUACCGUGACCAACAUUCAACAAAAAGUUAGCAGUAACAAAAAAUAAAACACAAUAUAUGAGAAUUUAUGGCUAAAUUGUCAUUCAGAAGAAAUUGUGUCCAACAAUGUAACAAAAAUAUGUAUUUCUCUGUGCAGAUUGGCUUGCAUUUGAAGGAAGGUAAUCUGCAAGGCCAACUGUUAGAUUUCAUAUCUGCAGUCUCUUGCCCUCAUUAGGUUUGAUAAUUGCCCUGCAAUGUCAUAUAAUGCGCAGGAAACAUAAGGCUAUUUUUUAGAGCACCAGGAGCAUCUCAUGCUACAACUGCUGCUUCAUAGUGUUUUUCCCAUAUUUCAGACUGAUUGUAUUCCAGAUAGCCUGUUAAACAAAUCCAUGAGUGGCUUAUUGAACACCAUGAUGAGUUCAAAUACCUUCCAUGGAUUCCUAAUCACAAAAUUCCGGAGCACAAGGUAUGAUUCUGUGUCAAUCAUAGAAAGCAAAUUUGUCAAUAUCUGGCCAAUAAAAGCUCUGUAAAGUGGGCUAAAGUGGCAUGAAGAUUCAAAAUGAGAAGAGGACACCAAGGAGAAGUCCUUAAAAAGACAAUGAGAAGGAAAGACGGAAAUGUAAUGGUAGCAGAAUAGAUACUGACGGAGCGCAGUACAAGUGUAGAUAUAAGCAAGGACAUAAAAUGGUAAGAAAAAAAAUGUUAGAAGGGAGGGCUCGCUGGAAAAAAACGACAAAGAAAAUAAAGGGGUAUAAUGUAAGUAAAGUAAAUGCUAUAGGUCUUCGAAAACAAAAUUACAAGAGUAAGAUCAGAAGAAGAUUUGUACACACAUCAUCACUGAGAUACAGGUAAUAUAUAUGCUAUUCUACUUUCUAUAUAUCAGAUGACUCACUACCAAAGAUAAGCAAAACUCUUUAUACAACUAAAUACGAGAAAGCUUAAGAAUAAAGUUUUGCCUAUGCAAGAGUUGUAAUGAGGCACUGAAUGUUUAUUGCAGUCAAUAGCCUAUCAUAACACUGUGUGUAUUUAAAGGAUUCCAUACAUAUACAUAUCAUAAAACACUGGUAUAAUACAUAAACUAUGGUUCAACAGCUAUGCUUUCUGGCCUUUUCUUUCAACUAGGGUGAAGAUGGUGAGCAAGGUUUGAAAGGUCCUAGUGGCAUCCGAGGACCUCGUGGAGAAAAGGUAAUAAAAAUAUGAAUAAAUAAAAGAGCAUAUAUAUAAAUUAUACAGAUAAUAAUGUAAUAUAUUGCCCAUAAUUUAUAAAGUGUUUAAUUAACCAAAGGUAAUACUAUAUAAAAGCAAUAUACCGUGCUACACACAUUAGCGGUGUAUAGAAUCAUACAUUUUCCAGACGUUUUUAAACAUUGGAGGGGAAAAAAUGCUGAGCAGUUAAAUGGACACUAUAGUCACCAGAACAAUUACAGCUUAAUGUAGUUGUUCUGGUGAGUAUAAUAGCUCCCUUCAGGCAUUUUCAUGUAAACACUGACUUUUCAGUGAAAAGGCAGUGUUUACAUUGCCCCUAGGGACACCUCCAAGUAACCAGUCCUCAGAUGGCCACUGGAGUACUUCCUGGCUCAGUGCUGCACAGUAAGCAGACCUGCCAUUCAGCGUCCCCACAUUUUGCAAGGAGACGCUGAAUAUUAGAUAGUGCUAGUGCUACACAAGCUGAAGAGUUUAUAAAUAAUCUGUUGUAAAAGAAUUGUGAAUAUAUAUAAUGCAAAAUCAAUGUGAUAAUGCCAUUCAAAUAAAUGCAGUGUCAGAAUGAAACAAUUAAAGUGAUAGUGCUUUGCUGUAUAUACUCACAAUGCAAUUUAUAUAUCUGCUCUAUGAUAAUUAUUAUCCCCAAUCCCCAAUGACCACUGCAACACAGUCAGUGAUUACAAACAGGGCCGUCUUUAAUAUUGAUUGGACCCUGGGCAAGCAUCUGCUUGGGCCCCCUGGGCAUGCAAUCACUCCCUCCACCCCAACCUAGAGGCGAAACUAAUGUAGAGAGUGCCUUGGUGCAAAAAAAUAAUAAUUCAGGCCUGCACUGUAGCACAAGAGUAAAGAAAAGAUAGAUCCCCAUCUGUCAUACAACUCCUGCGAUGCUAUGCCAGGUGGGGAUCUACCAUCCUUGCAGGGUUGUAUUUUUGAGCAGUGUUUGUGCAAUUGAAUGUCAGCAUGUUAUUGUAUAGAGUGUAUGUGUGCAUGUAGGAGUGUAUUUGUAUGUACUGUUACCAUUGGAAUGCAGUGGUGUACUUGUGUGUAGUGUUUGCGUUUGAAUGCACUAAUGUGUGAUUGUCGGUAGUGUUGGCUUUUAAAUGCAGGUGUACUUUUGUGUGUAGAGUUGGUGUUUGUAUAUAAUUUUAGCGUUUUAAUACAGGAAUGUGUUUGUAUGUAAUGUUUGUAUUUGCAUGCAGGGGGUUGUUUGGAUGUAGUGUUGUGUACAUUUGUGUGUAGUAUUGGUGUUUCAGCAAACUGGUGUGUUUGUAUGUAAUGUUUGUGUUUGCAGGGCUCUGUUUGCAUGUUGUGUGAUUUCUAUAACACAUAUACACAUACACAUUAACACGCAGAUACACACAUAGGCACACUGACACAUGCUCACACCUUGACACAUACUGGCACAUACACACACACACUCAGAUACACACCCUUUGACACACAGAUACAAGCACUUUGAUACACACACACACUGGCACAUCCACACACAGAGGUACACACACACACUGACACAGGUAUGUACACACACACUCAGAUACACACAUACAUAAAGGUAUAAAUGCAGGGGUGUAUAUGUGUACAGUGCUAGAGAUGGAGUGUAUUUGUGUUGGCAUUAAAAUGCUGGGAUGUAUGCAUUACCACACACUCAGAUGCACACUUACACACACUGACACAUACAUACACACAUACACACACACACACACACACACACAAACACACACACACACAGGUACACAUACACACUGACACACAGACAAACACAGCCAGAUACAAACAAUGAUACAAACACAGCCAAAUACACACAAGGACAUAAAAACAGCCAGAUACACAUACACAUAUAUGUGUACAUUUACAUAUUUUAAUCUCUGCCUUCUAGCAGCUCUUGGACAGCAACUCCCAGCAACCUUGGCCAUAAUAAUGUCUCAACUCUGUUCUUACAUACCCUGGUCCAGAAUUUGGCAAAAGUGACAUUUGAAAAUGGUAUACAGCCUUUGAUAACACUUGAUGCAAUAAUAUGUUAAAAUAAAUACUUUUAAAAUUUAUAUUUAAUAGGGAACUGUCAGGUUCUUCUAGGAUUUUUAACAUGUACUUAUUCCCUGUGUGUUACAUUACAAACACCAACACUUGAAUAAAAGUGAUAUCAGAAAUAAGCAAAACAAAAAAACAAAACAUAUUUAGCCACCCUCCUGUCUCCUUACAUUUUGGGUACAGAAAGGUGGCUUCCCUGGGGUCCAGUGAGAGCUUGUUGGCCCAGGCUGAUGGGAGUCUGCCAUCAGCUUUCUCAGUCCCUCUCCCCAACAAUGCUUGCAUCCUCCUCCAUGUGGUGUGUGCCUCCUCCCCAGCGGCACUGAGGAGGAAGUGAUCUGACCUCACUGCCUCCCAGCAUGCCACGGAGAAGAAAAGGGAUCACAGGGCAGUGUGUGAGGGGCUAGCUGUGUGUUUGUAUUCAGCCAACCCCCAUAUUACAAGGGCCCGGUCUAGAGCAGUAUUAAAGGGCUGUGGCCCCUGAUUACCUCAGGUGCUGCAGGGGGCCGUGGGGCAGCUGCCUUACGGCCCCCAGGAGUAACUGGGCCCGGGGCAGCUGCCCCUUUUGCCCCUCCUUAAAGAAAAAAGAAAAGAAAAACUACCACAACAAGAGGACAUAGUCUUAAAUUAGAGGGACAAAGGUUUAAAAAUAAUAUCAGGAAGUAUUACUUUACUGAGAGGGUAGUGGAUGCAUGGAAUAGCCUUCCAGCUGAAGUGGUAGAGGUUAACACAGUAAAGGAGUUUAAGCAUGUGUGGGAUAGGCAUAAGGCUAUCCUAACUAUAAGAUAAGGCUAGGGACUAAUGAAAGUAUUUAGAAUUGGGCAGACUAGAUGGGCCGAAUGGUUCUUAUCUGCCGUCACAUUCUAUGUUUCUAUCUUAACAUGGAUGGAAACUCUCUGGUUCUAAUACUCUUAUAGUACUUGUACUUUCUUUGUUUUUUAUUGGGGUGGGGUAGCAAAUUAUAGAAGGCAUUUUGAUAAGGGGUGCCCUCAAAUGCACAAGAUUUAGGAAAUAGUUAUUCUUUUCAGACUAUCAUUUACUACUGAUUAUCCAUACUUCUUAUAGGAAUUAGACUUUUGUUCAAUCAUCAUCAUGUGUCCGCUAGAUUUAUUGUCCUACCAAUGUUAAGAUUUUAAACCGCUAUUACCAUAUCGGCGGUUAGUAAAUACUAGCAGCAAUCUAUUUUCUUAUCCUGCUGGUUUUCUGGAUUACUUAUCAUAUAUAUAAACUAACAGCAACGCCGUUACCAUAUCGGCAGUUUAGAAUAGCAAUCUUUAUACCUCUAACUGCUGCCUUUUGGCAUUACUAUGUCAGCUGUCAUAAAACACUAAUAGUAAUCUUAUGGAGAACAAAAAACAGGGCGCUAGAGAAUACUGAGAACAGGCAGCAGCUGAAAUAGCCUGCCCUUCGGUGGGUCCCCGCUCAGUUCUCAAGCUGGUUUUAGCUCAUCUUGUGCCAUUACAGAGAGAACAUCUCUGAAACAUAUCAGACUGGUCCCACCCAUACGGGCAGUCCAGAUCCAAAAUGCCAGCAAGUUCCCUCUGCACGAGAGAUACAGCAACUCCAGACGAUCGUUUCAUCCUUGUUAGGCAUCAAUGAUGAUGCCUAACAAGGCUGAAACGAUCGUCUGGGGUUGCUGAAUCUCUCGUGCAGAGAGAGCCGGUCUGUAUUUUGGAUCUGUUCUGCCCUUUAGGGUGGAAUCAGUCUGAGAUGCAUGGUCUGGUUCUCUCUGUAAUGGCACAAGAUGAGCUAAAACCAGCUUGAGAACUGAGCGGGGACCCACCGAAGGACAGGUUAAUUGAGCUGCUGUCUGUUUUCAGCACUCGCUUGCGACUUGUUUUUUUUUUGCUCUCGCUAAUAGUAAUCUCUCGCUUAAUUUAUCAUUCUACCAAUUUUAUGGUUAUAUACCGCUGUCACAAUGUCGUGGUUUGAUAAUACUAGCAGCAAUCUAAUUCCCUAUUUUGCUGUGUCUCUGCACUACUUUGAAAACAGCUACAAAAUAUGAAUAGCAGCGCUGCCACACUGCCGGCAGUGAAAAAUAUCCAUUACCAGCAGUAAUCAUAUACUUUAUACUGCUGCCUUUCGGCAUAAUUAAUGUCAGCAGUUAUAAAACACUAAUAGUAAGCUGAGUACUUCUCUCCCUGCCUCUUGGCACCAUGCCUAUUUCUCGUUCAUAUUGCUGGUAGACAAUUAUUAAGCAGCAGCAAUUGACUGUUCCUCUUAUCAAUCCCGUUUGUUCGGGUUUGUGCUCUCUCCCUUGUUUAGAUACAAGUGGCAACAUGACUGGUGUAUAGUCGCCAUAUGGGCAGUCGGAACCUUGGACAAAACCCCCCCACAUACUUAUCCCAAUAACACGCUGACACUAGGGUAUAUGGGUCAAAUUGUCCACAGCUUUUAUUACACAAAUAUAUAAUAAUAACGAUAAUAAAAUAAUUAAUAAUCAUAAUAAUGAUAAUAAUUUAACAUAAAAACAUGGGUCAUUGCCCCCAUACUGGGCCCUCACAUCCGUAUCCUUCUUUUAAUAUAAAAGGCAAUGACCCCAACAUAACUAACACAUAUAUAUAUAUAUAUAUAUAUAUAUAUAACAAUGUUCAACCUUACUCCAACAUGAACAAAUUCGAGUGCCAACCAUAAGUAACCACGGCAGGGGUAUACCCGGAUAACCCUACCCAACCAGGUUCUGAGCCACCUCCAGGACUCGAAACUUACCAACCACCAGUGACCACAAUUUUUCAUGUUCAUCCCGUUCAUCAUGGGGAGCCUAUUUCCUCUUCCUCAGCUCCCUAUCCCGCCACAAGCUCAGACCUUGACCCCUUAAGCUGGUGAGCGGGCAGAUAGGGGGGGAGUGAGCAAGUUUCCCCUGGGGUGCGGGUGGCGGGAGGGGGGGUACCAAAGGGGGCACCAGGCAACUUGCGGGGCUUAGGGGGGGCUGGAGGAGGGCGAAUUUCGGAAGCAAGGGGGCCAGGGUCGCCGGACAGUACACAGGGGGCGCUGGGAGGGUCCUCUGGCCUGGCAGGCAAGGCUGGGGAGACGGGUGUUGAGGCUAGGGCCUCCGAGCCUGCCUCCGCUUCCUCCCGCCGCCUCUUCAGCGCCAGUGUCGCUGGCCUCUGGCCCCGUGCCCGGACUCAAGCGCCGUGGGGGCCUCCUGGCCGUGCACCUCCGCGUCCACCCCUGCCAUCCCUUCCCGCUGCCGCCGUCAGGAUCUGUCACAGCUGGGCUCGCACCCAGUCCGCUCCCUGUUGCCGCGCUGCCGACCGGAUGCCUUCCAGGAGCCUCUCCAUGUUGUCCAUGGCCCUGCAGAAGGAGACAAAAGAAGAAACCCUACCCAGCAAAUCCGUGAGCACCGGAGUGCACACAACCUCGACCAGGUAGGAGAUUAAAAGUGCUCAUUCCAAAAAAUGGCUGCCUAUUUAAAUAGACAAACCCCUUUUCCCACAACUCACCAGUCCUAGCCGCUUCCUCCUCGGCCUGCCUCUUAACCCCUGUCAAGGCCCUUUUUCGCUGAGCUGUGCUUUGGCUGCAUGGGGCUACAUUACUUGGUUUUGCCACUUUGUUCUCAAUCCUUACCACAAUAUAUUUGAGCUCUUUUAGACAGUGCUACCAAUGUAUUUAUACCACUUUAUUGUAUAUUACUAUUAUAGCCUGUUCUAUCUAUUAGAGCCAUACUAUGGAGAGUCUCUUUCUCCUUGUUGUUUUUAGCUUCUUUUCAUAUUUUUUUUUCAUACUUUUUCAUAUAUUUUAAUUUAUUAAAUAAAAGUUAUAUUUUAUGUUACUACAUAUUACAUACUCCUUUUAGGUAGCAUAGAACACUUUUUUUCUUUUUCUUUUUCAUAAUGGGAACACCCACAUCAACCACUAUAUUCAAAACAGUCACUCCACCAAGAAAAGAACAUUGAUAUUUGUGGCUAAGAGUGGAUAACCUUUGUGAUAUCCAUUCUCAGCAAUAUCUAUUAUUUGGGACAACAUUCAUUUCUGUUUGAACAAAAUGAGAAGGUCUGUAAGAGACACUAAAAGGAAACAUUCGCUUUUGAUAUGUUAUGGUAUGUAUUAAUAAAUUGCAUACUUAGUUUAAAAUAAGAACGGUUUUGUAACUGGUUAAUAAUUCUCCUAAUUAGUCUCAUAUUUAGUCUGUGCUACAGUGUUUCCUACAUAUAUAUUUAAGACACAUGUCUUCAGUAUAUUGAAGACACAUUUGGAGAUACAUGUGCUGCAAAACAUGUAAAUAAGGGACGAUCCGCUGAUUAUAUCACGGUGUCAACUAAUCAUUCUAAUAUAUUGUUCAGAAUUGCUUUUUACGCAUUCCACAUUUUCUUGGGUUCUUAAUAAGAAAGACAUACAUUUGAAAUCAAAUGAUUUGUUUGAUUGUAAACCAAGCUUAACAGAGGGGACAUAGAAAAAUGUCCCCUAGGGACAGAGCUACCUAAGACUUGUCUAUAGGCUGAAUUGUAGGUGGAGAUAAGUGAGGUUGAACACAGUGGUCCCCAACCCAGUCCUCAUGGACCACCAACAGUUCAUGAUGUAUGUGUGUCCCUGUUUAAUUCCAAUGGAGAUACUGGCAAAAACUGGACUGCUGGUGGUCCAUGAGGACUGGGUUGGGGAACACUGAACAGACUGGCUGAAAUAUUGCAUUGUACAGCCAAACAGGAAGCAUAACUGACUUGGAAAAUUUGACUAGUUUGUCUGUAUUGACCUUCCAUUUGAAAUUCACUUUGAAUUCUCUGUGAACUCCUGACAAUUCAAUUUUAGUGAAUGUUCUUGUUAAACUUUCCUAUAUGCUCUUUUUAACUUAUACUGAACCAUUAGUCUUUUUAAUUGAGGUGACUUGGCAAGAAAAUGAAACAUUUUUGCAGUACAAUGCUUAAUAUUUAGUACAUUUGUGUAUAAUUAUAAGUCAAAUAUUUUAGAACGUCUAAAGGAAAUGAUCAUAUCACACACUGUACUAGCCAGUGAAGCUUUAUUAUUAUUAUUUGUGACUUAAAACUCUAAUCAAGCCAUUGCUGUAUCUAAAUAUUUUUAGCAAAACUCGAAAAAAGGUCUUCAAGUCAGCUAUGUUUUCACUUCAUCUAGUUUGACCUCAAAUUCAAGUUCAGUUACAUUUAUUCUGAAUUUCCAACAAUUUACUUUAGUUAACAACCACGUGAAUGUGUUUAAAAGGUGGUGAUCACUGCAACAAUCAGUUAUCACAAACUUGUGAGAAUUUUAAGAAUUCACUGCAAUUUAAAACCUGAAAAUGUUCAUCUGACUAAUAAAGUUUUAGGUCUCAUCACUGAAACUCCUCCUGGCAACAUACAAACUAUGAUGGAUUCCAUCAUAACUUUUGGAUAAGGGACAGAACAGAUUACAGAAUGUGAACAGGCCAGAUAAAAUGAAUAGAAGAACUAGUCAAUAGAGAGCUUUUUUGUAAUAAUCAACUUCAUGAUUUAUCUUAAAGGACCACUAUAGUGCCAGGAAAACAUACUCGUUUUCCUGGCACUAUAGUGCCCUGAGGGUGCCCCCACCCUCAGGGACCCCCUCCCGCCCGGCUCUGGAAGGGGGAAAGGGGUUUAAACUUACCUUUUUCCAGCGCUGGGCGGGGAGCUCUCUGCCUCCUCUUCUCCUCCGUUACGCCCCGCCGGCUGAAUGCGCACGUGCGGCAAGAGCUGCCUGCGCAUUCAGCCGGUCACAUAGGAAAGCAUUCAUAAUGCUUUCCUAUGGACGCUGGCGUGCUCUCACUGUGAAAAUCACAGUGAGAAGCACGCAAGCGCCUCUAGUAGCUGUCAAUGAGACAGCCACUAGAGGAUUAGGGGGAAGGCUUAACCCAUUCAUAAACAUAGCAGUUUCUCUGAAACUGCUAUGUUUAUUAAAAAAUGGGUUAACCCUAGAAGGACCAGGCACCCAGACCACUUCAUUAAGCUGAAGUGGUCUGGGUGCCUAGAGUGGUCCUUUAAAACUAUUUAGGAAAUACUAAUGAUGUUGCUAAUUUUGUUAUGGCUUUAAAGGACCACUAUAGUGCCAGGAAAACAUACUCAUUUUCCUGGCACUGUAGUGCCCUGAGGGUGCCCCCACCCUCAGGGACCCCCUCCCGCCGGGCUGGAUGGCGAGGAAAGGGGUUAAACUUACCUUUUUCCAGCGCCAGGCGGGGAGCUCUCCUCCUGAUUUUCACAGUGAGAAGUACGCAUGCGUCUCUAGCGGUUGUCAAUGAGACAGCCACUAGAGGCUUUGGAGGCUGGAUUAACCCUAUUAUAAACAUAGCAGUUUCUCUGAAACUGCUAUGUUUAUAAAAAAAAAGGGUUAGUCCUAGAGGGACCUGGCACCCAGACCACUUCAUUAAGCUGAAGUGUUCUGGGUGCCUAGAGUGGUCCUUUAAGGGCAUAUAAUGCUCUGGUUAGUACAUUUUGCAUCUUUGGCCAUGUAUCUAAGUCUAGUGUUUAUUGUAUAAGACUAUUUGAUGUUUUUGAUUGAAUAACUGUUUCUGUUUUUUGCAGGGCAAGGCUGGGCCUAUAGGCCCACAAGGACAUGAAGGCGUUACUGGAGAAAAUGGCAUUGCGGUAAUCAAACAAAGAAAACAUUUAAUAACUAUAAAUAAUAAUUAUCUGACCGUGGCUGAUUUAUGUAUAUUCAACAGGGAGCAACUGGGGAAGUAGGCAUUAACGGUUACAAGGGAGAACCUGGCCCCACUGGACCGGAGGUAUGUGUUUAUUAACUAGUUUUUUUGUUGUUUUAUAAUUGCAAUGAAUUAGUCAUGUAGUUGUAUCAUUUGUUACACUCUUUGUAAUAGGUAAUAUGGACUGUAAUUAUUAGUGGUUGAUCAAUAGAAGGAAACAAUGUCGCAAGUGGAUUCAAUCCACUCAAAUACAUCUAGAGCUGUUGAAGAAAAAUAGAUUAUACUUAUUCUUCAUCCUGCUGUCACAGAUGUUAGAAAUUGUAAUAAUCUAGUACUGUGUUUUUUUUUUGUUUUUUUUUUAUAAAUAUGUACAUUGCGUUGUAUGACUGGUAUUAUUUGUUGGGGGGAAAUAAUAACAAUAGAGUAUUUGUUCUUUAAAGUUCUUUAAAGAGACCCUAUACUUACCAACAGAACUACAGCUUAAUGAAAGUUUUUGUGUAUAGAUCAUUACUCUGAAUUCUCACUGUUCCGUGAUCUGCCAUUUAGGAGUUAAAUCACUCUUGUUUCUGUGUAUGCUGUCCUAGCCACAACUCCCCUGGUGUGACUCACGCAGCCUACAUGAAAAAAAUGUUUUCAUUUUCAAUCAGAUGUUAACUUGCUUUAGAAGUUUUUUUUCAUCCUGCUCUGUAAAUUGAACUUCACACACAGAAGGCUCCUGCACGAUCUAGAAAGCUAUUAACAGUGCAGGAGAUAAUAAAAACAGACUGUGCAAUUAAGGAAGUAAAACAUCUCUCUUUACACAAAGUGUUUAAGGAGGCCAUGUGAGUCACAUGCAGGGAGGUGUGACUAGGGCUGCAUAAACAAAGUGAUUUAACUCCUAAAAGUCACAGAAGUGAGCAAUGAGACUGCAGGAGCAUGGUCUCUACAUCAAGACUGCUUCAUUAACCUAAAGUUUUUUUUAUGACUAUUGUGUCUCUUUAAGGUUCAAAAGGUGAACUCUCAACUGAACUGCAAUUUCCAUGUGGCGUUGCCAGCCUUAAAAAACCCUCUAAGAUUAAAAAUAAAUAUAUUUCACUUACCCCUAUGUAUUAUAUUUAUUUUCUCUCCUGGAGUGAUUGCACUCCUCUUUUUGUUAAUGAAGAUCUUGUCAAGCUUUAUUUUGCAUAUAUACAAAAUUUACACAUAUAAAUAAAGUGUUAAAAUUAUAGAGUUUAUAUUAUAAAAAGUUUUUCUAGUGACAGGCAAUCUCCAUCAGUCGGCUACAUCUCUUCUAUUGAUGAUCUGUAGUCCAGUCCAAUGUUUUUCACAGAUAAACAUUGAGAACCUACCAUGCAUCAGUGGCAAUUUCCAACCCAAGCUAGCUGGAUACUUCUCAUAGAGAAGUGCUAAGUCCAAUGCUUGUCUUUGAGAAGUAUUUACAGCAUUUGCCAUCAUCAUGCUGUGCAAGUUGACAAUGAACACAAAGUCUUCACUGAAGAAGUUCCGUAGUGGCUGUCAACUCCAUUACAGCUGGAGAUUACUUUAAGGCUACUGGCCAUCUCUGUCUCAGAAUGACAAGGCAGUGGCACCAUACACUAAAUACAUUUCCUUUCUACACAACUGCAUUUGGAAUGGUAUAUUGCAGUAGCUAUCCCAUCCUAUCUCAGGCUUAAAUAUUUAGAUACAAACAUUAACAAACAUAAAUUAAGUUAGCUUCAGUUUAUUCUUUGUUUGUUCUCUAAUAAACUUAGAUAUAUAUUUUGAACAGCUGCAUCAACUGAAAUCAUUUUAUGUUUCUAGAUGAAUUAGUAGACUGUUGACCUUGAUCCAAAUUGAAAUUAACAUAAUCUCCAAAUCAUUCUUGCCUACUAUGAGCAAUAAGUAAAAAACAUUUUAAAACAUAAACCUUAAUAUAUUCAUAAACAUUUACACUAAUUUAGAAUUUUAAAUGUACGUCUUACCAGUGUCAAUAUCUUCUUUAAAGUAAUACUUUAGUGUUAAAAAUACAAACUUAUUAAAUCCCCCCUCCCCCCAAUUCCAUUCAGGGAAGUGUUAUAACCUCUUUUUCCCCCACUUACCUCUUUCCAGCACAGAGGUCCCUCAGCAUUGGCUUGGUCUCCUCCUCACGUGGUGUCAUGCCGAGUGGGGAACCUAAUGUGCAUGCAUUAGUGAGCACCACGUGCACAUUAGUGUUUCCUCAUAGGAAAGCAUGGAAUCAGUGCUUCUCUAUGGGUAAUGUGAAGACAAUAGACAUUCACAUGUCUGCCACUGCCCAUCAGACACCCUCCUUUUACUUUCUUGUCUAGGUGGGAGGGUGGCUGUUCAUCUGACCAGCAUCUUCAACUGGCUCCCCUACAGUAUCCUUUCAGUGCUCUCUGUGAAUACAGGGUGAGGAGAGAAGAUGCUAUAGCCCUCUCUCGCCUCCCAAUCUGGACCGCACCAGCUCUAACACCGAGGAGCACUACGGUAGUUAUAGAGAACAAGUCUCUUUGUUCAGCGCUCUGAUGCUCAUAGUGUUGCAGCUCCUGCUAUCACGGCAUUACAAGCAGUAAGGAGGUUUUUAGGGGACAAUUUGCUAAUUAAAUGUGCUUGCAAUAAAUUAAUUUUGUGUGCUAAUGGACAAAUUGCGUAUACUUGAUUCCGGGGCAUGGUGGCAUAACAUGGGAAUCGUGUAUACAUGAGUAUAAGUGCUUUAUUCCAAAAUAGAUUAUCCUGUUGUAUGGCGUUUCCAAAACCAUAUGAGCAAAGACUAUUAUACCGGCCUAUGGUCUAUGUAGUUAAAAAUUUGCAAGACACACAAAUUAAAUAUAUACAAGGACAUGAUGAUUGUAUGUGUUAAAGUCCAGUGUACAUCACAAAUGAUAGGCAUACCUACAAAAAUACACUAGAAAAUGAUAUUGAUAAAUGGGCUUACACCAAAGAUACUUAUAAGGGUGACUUUUUUUCUGUGCAAUAACCAUACUAUAGUAUGGAAGUGCCGAACCGAACCCCCGAAGUGCUUUGGAUUUCUGAAAAACAAGAGAGGGAGGGAAAAUUACAUGACUGAUGACAGGAAUCUAGACCAAUAAGCUAAUUCCUGGCACUGGGAGCCCUAUAGAUGUGUAAGUGGUUGUGGUGGCAGUCCGGGCACCUAACCCUACCCGUAACCCUACCCCUACCUCUAACCCUAGAUGUGUAAGUGGUUGUGGUGGUUAUGGGGUAGGGUUAGGGGUAGGGUUAUGGAGCCCUACAGAUGUGUAAGUGGUUGUGGUGGCAAGAGAGGUAUGCUUACCAAUGUCUGGAGACCCGAAUUUCAUAAGUGCCGAACCGCCGAAUUGCUGUAGUGUCAAAUAUUUUUUAAUUACCCGAAUUUCCGAACCGAACUGGAUUUUUUGCCCAUGCACAUCCCUAGUGUACAUUAACUACAUGCUGAUUAUUAAUGACUUAAUUUAAAAAAAUGAAGAAUCUGACAUUAAUACUUGCUCACCAUUUUUUUUCAUUCAUUCAUUAGGGAAGUAAAGGUUUGAAAGGACCCGUGGGUCUUCGUGGUGAACCUGGAGCACCAGGUGACAGGGUAUGUAUGAAAGGCAUUGUGUCUAUAAUAUGAAAGUAUAACAUUCAGAAAAAAUGUGAAUAUCAUUUUUACAGGGCUUUUCACUACAGAGAGAAUUGCUGGGAAUUCAAAAAUAAUUUCAAAUUUAGGACAAAAUAGCUGAAUUAGAGGAAUUUUCCAAAUAAAUUCUGUUUUCAGUUCUACCCUGGUUUGUAGCCACCUUGCUGGGCAAUCUGUCUUGUGCUGGUAAAACACAAAAACUGCGUAAUUUGCACAGCACUGGGUAUAUUGAGUACAGUAACAAAGUUUAGUUUGACAGCCAAUUAAUGACAGACUUUGGCCUACAAUUACAAUCCAGCAUCAGCAACCGAUUGAUGACAUUUUGUGAGAUCACAGCCUUUGUUGUAUCGGUAACGUCACCAACUUCAAAAAGCUUGAGAGGCAGAUAUUGUAAAGUUAACAAAACAUUGUCACCUUUGAGGUUAAUGGUUACAGACAGUAAAGUGCCUUGAUAAUGCUAAAAUAGGUGAGGUGUGAUUAGACUGGGGUAUCCCAUAUGAACACUGCAAACUAAGUUCAAGUAACCUCUAACCUGACAUUUCAUGUGUCAUUUUAGUUACCUUUUAGAUAUAUUUUAGUUACAGUGCUUGUUUGUCCUUUAAUUGUUGUAACUGAUUUAUGGGCAAUCAUUAGUUAACUUGCUUGUACACAUCGUCAGAUUGGGAGAGGAGUUUGUGUACGCACUGCUCAUACUCCAACAUUUAUAAAUAUUUUAUGGCAUCAUAGUUUAGUGAAUAAUCUUGAAAGUUAAAAAAAGUCUCUUUGAAAGAAAUAUUUUAAAUAUUGUGAGGCUUGUAUAUAAAUUUUGAGUAAUUUUACCAGUUAUUGAGAAUUUAAUUUCAUACCUGUCUUAAUUCUUACCGUAUGUAUUACCUCUCCUAAAAUAUCUGAUGAUAUAUUUUUUUAAUUUUUGAACCAUAGAAAGAGCUUUGAUUUUUAAACACCAAUGUUUAAACGUAAAAGGAAUUCAAUGCAACAGAGUCCAAGCAGUACAUUAAUGAUCAUCGGUAUUGCUUCAUUUAAAUUUUUGCAGAAUUCUGGCAGAUGCAGUUAUGUGCAUAUGUAACAAAUUUAGAAAGCAAAGACGUGAAGUUACACAGAAGUCUUAAUAUCAUUAAAAAGAAGCAAUAUAAUACUUUGAAUGCUCUUAUAAAAUAUACUCAAAGGAACACUCCAUAAAAAAAAUAAUUAGUAGGUAUACCUGUUAAAAUUUAGCAGAGGUGUAUUAGCAGAAUGUAGAGUAGGGCACACAUAUGAAGCUAAGUAAUUAAAGGAUCACUAUAGUGUCAGGAAAACAAAGCGGUUUUCCUGACACUAUAGUGCUCUGAGGGUGCCCCCACCCUCAGGGUCCCCCUCCUGUGGCAGUGAAGGGGUCAAAACCCCUUCAGCCACUUACCUUAUUCCAGCGCCGGGCUUCCUCGGUGCUGGUGACUUCUCCUCCCCCGCCAACGUCAGCUCCCUCAAUGCUUUCCUAUGGACGCUCUGCGUAAUGGAGGCAUAAUAUGAGGCUGUCUUAACCCUGCAAUGUUUGCAUAAGAAGGGUUAAAACCUGAGGGACAUUGAACCAAGACCACUUCAUUGAGCUGAAGUGGUCUGGAUGACUAUAGUAUCCCUUUAAGAAUCCUUACAGUGAUUUUCUUAAAGGACCAUUCCACACCCCAAGAACACUUCAGCUUACUGAAGUGCUUUAUGGGUAAGGAGCAUCCUAGUUAGAGAGGCGACUGGGGUCAUUAUGGCACCAUAACAACUUAAUUUAGACUACGUUGUUAUGGUAAUUGGAGUGUUCCUUUCCGUGUGUUAUGCGUGUGGAGUGGUAUGUAGGCCAGAGAUCUGCAACAAAAGAACAACAUGUAACUAUAACUACCAUGAGGAUUCACAAAAAAAUUUAAUCCACCAUGAAGUGUCACUUUAACGUCAGGUUGCUUUAAAAUCACAUAACACUUAUAAAUAGAAUUAUUAAAGAAACACUCAGCACCAUAACCACUAUAUGCUGAUGUUGAGUAAUAUGCCCUCCCAGUAAUCAAGUAGUAAGUAGUCAACCGACACCGCCUUGCUUCCGGAUUCUCCUGCAAGAGAAUCGAGUUAUUAUUAUUAUUAUUAUUGGUAUUUAUAUAGUGCCUACUAAUUCCGCAGUGCUUUACAAUAUUAUGAUUUAUUUACAAUAAAUGAGACCUUUGCACAGUGACACAGGAACAAUACGUAGAUGAGGGCCCUGCUCAAACAAGCUUACAGUCUAGAGGUGGGGUACAAAUACACAACAGGGCAGCAACGGACAGCCACCAAACAAGGUGGAAAAGAAACAUAACUGGAGUAAAGAGAGAGUGGAGUGUUGCUCUUUAGAAGAGCAAGAGACAGAUAUGGGUAGGUAUAGAAAAGUUACUCAAGGAGUCCAUAAGCAUUUCUGAACAGAUGUGUUUCGAGGGACUUUUUACAAAUUUAAGACUAGGGGAGAGUCUGAUGGGGGUAGGUAGGCUGUUCCAAAGGAAGGGAGCCGCUUGCGAGAAGUCCUGCAAGUGUGAGUUAGCAGUAAGGGUGCGAGCAGCGGACAGGAGAUGGUCACCAGAAGAGUGAGAGACUGAGAAGGGGCAUAUCUAUAAAUCAGUGAAGAAAUGUAAGAGGGGCUACGUUUGGUUAGAACUUCAUAGGUAAGGGUUAGUAUUUUGAAUUGACACCUGUAGGAUACAGGAAGCCAGUGUAAGGAUUGACAGAAGUGCGAGGUAUUGGAGGAGCGACGGGUGAGAAAGAUCAGCCUGGCGGCAGCAAUAAUUACUGAUUGUAGCUGGGCAGUUCGGCUUCUGGGGAAACAGACUAGGAGAGAAUUACAGUAAUCCAUGCGAGCAAUUACCAGAGCACGAACAAGCUCCUUGCAGCAUCUUGCGUGAGAAAGGGGCAGAUGCAGGCGAUGUUUUUAAGGUGGAAUCGACAGGUUUUCGCAUCAUUCUAGAUAUGAGGUGCAAAGGCGAGGUCAGGAUCAAAGAUAACACCAAGACAACAAGCUUGCAAGGAUGGACUGAUGCAAAUAUUGUCAACUUGCAGGUAAAGCGAAGGAGGAGGAUCAACAUUAUGAGGGGGGAAAUAAGCAGCACAGUUUUAGAGAGAUCUAGUUUCAGAAAGCGGGAGGACAUCCUGUCGGAGAUGGAAGAAAGGCAAGCAGUGACACUGUAGGACCACAGGGGGAGAGGUCAGGGGAGGAGUGAUAUAUCUGGGUUUUGUCGGCAUACAGAUGGUAGCGGAAUCCAAAGAAGUUAAUGAGUUAGCUCCACUAAACUAAGCAGGACUGCUCUCAUUGGCUAAGAGUGUUGGUUAAGCGCUCUCAGCCAAUGAGCGUGUUUUUUCAGGCCGUGUUUAGAUCUACUGCAGGAAAAUCCAGAGGUACGUGGGCGCCCCGGGGACCCGAUAUGUUGUCAAACCAUUCUUAAAUGCUUUAGCUACUUAGUCAGGAAGGGAGCCAGGACACUCAUGGUGUCAUAACAACUACAAUGGGCCAGAGUGGUUUGGGUGCUUGGAGAGAUCCUUUAAUGUUAAAUGACCACAAUCAACUUAUACGUAUAUAAGUUACAAUUGUUUGUGAAAACAAUGUAUAAUUUUGUAGAAAACCUUUUGAGAUCAUGAGGCUGCUGGCCUCUUAAACCAGUGUUUCCCAACCCAGUCCUCAAGGCACACCUACCAGUCCAGGAUUUAGGGAUUACCCAGUUGUGUCUAAGGUGUUUUUUUUUCUUCUUUGUAAAAACACCUUAGACACAACUGGGUAAUCCCUAAAUCCUGGACUGGUAGGUGUGCCUUGAGGACUGGGUUGGGAAACACUGUCUUAAGCAAUCAUUUUUAAACUUGCAAUCACAGCAUUAGAAGUGAUGCUAAUUAGAAAUAGUAAUUAAUAGAAACAGAAGAUGCAGAGAUCAUGAUUCUGAUGAUGUUUUUUUCUGAAUAUGAUGAACUGAUAAAAGGUCACAAAAUCUCUGUAGUCUUUCCCUGAACAAUAUGGCAAACAGAUGAAUCUGACAUAAUAUUGCCCACGUUUAAAGGAUUACAUACGUUAAAGUUAUGUAAAUUAAUUUGGCAUGUAGUGCAUACUGCAACCAAACAACUGUAAAAUCUCCAUUGUCAGGGAUUUAAAGUGGAUUCUAAGUGAAUUUAACAUUUUAGACCACAAUAUCUGAAUUGGAUAAAUUCUCCUGAUAUGCAAAAUCUGCUAUGCUUUCAAUCUAGCCAUUUUUUGGCUAAAACGUUAAAUUAAUUUUAAACUCCCUUUAAAAAUUUUCUGAAAACAUUUCACCUUUAAUCCCGAUAAUUGCAAAAAACAGGACGAAUCAGAAAAUGAAAGGUCUCAGAAAUAUCUCUCUUAUUACAGACUGCAAAUAUUAGUUGUACAAACUACGUAGUUAAGCUCGAAGAGUGUAUCUCUUUAUGUGGGAUAUGCAGCAGAAGAAAACAUAAAAAUAGAAUUGGAGCUUGGGCCUUUCUCUCUUUAUCUUUCCUUUUGCUGCCUAUCCCACGGAAUACUGAUUUUGGAGCAAGAGGUACAAUCCAUAUCCACAAGCGAUGGCUGUACCGCUCAAGCUCAUAAUAAGAAGCUUCACUGCAGCUCCACAAAGUGUAAUGCAUCACUUUUCCCAGUGAUAAUAACAUGCUACACUAUCAAAUAUUAUUUGUGUUGCAUUGUUUAUGUUCUUUGUUAAAGAAAAACGUCAAACACCAUAACCACUGCAACACAUUGUAGUCGUUAUUUUGACAGGAAUGCCUUGGUGCCCCCAAUGUAGGUAGCCAAAUCAUUUGCUAACAGUUUGACAACUUACCUGCAUGGAGCUUUUGUUAGCAUUUCCUUAGCUCAAUGCAGAGAGCUUUAGGUUCUUGUGGAGGUGGUGAAAGGCGCAAUUUAACCUUAGGUAAGUUGUCAACCCAUGGCACCAUAUCAACUACAGUGAUCUGUAGUGGUUAUGGUGCUUGUUUUGUUCCUUUAAAUGUGUAACAUUAUAUUGCAGAUGUUUCCAUGGAAUUACAUAAAAAAGGAGAAAUCUAAUUGCCCUUUUCUUAAGAAAACACUUUAAAAUAAAUAUAAACACAUAUAGCAGGUAGAUAAGUUAAAUAUUUCCAUUUUCUUACCAGGGAACAGAAGGGGAGCCAGGUCAGGGAUUACCAGGAUCAGCAGGAUUCCAGGUAAGGAAUGAGAAUGUUCAUUAUCAAGGCACAAGGCCCCAUUACCGUACCUCCAUACAUAAUUCCUCACUUGCUCUCCUAUCACCUCAUGUUGCUCAAUCCUAAUCAGCCCAAUGUUAAAAUAAAUACUGUCUGUAUGCUACAGUUGUUUAAAUUAUUACUUUUCUCACAUCAAUCUACACAAAAAAAUUUAAAAGAUUUUUGAAAAAAUGUAUGAAAAAGAAAAAACUGAAAUAUGACAUGAUAAAUAUAGACCCUUUGUUAUGGCACUUGAAAUUUAGCUCAGAUGUAUUCCGUUUCUCUGCAUCAUCUUUGAGAUAUUUCUACCUUGUGAUUGAUUGGACAUGAUUCGGAGAGGCUUACACAUUUCCCACAGCUGUAAGUGCAUUAUUAUUGCAAAAAGCAAGUUACAAUAUCAAAAGAGAUGCUUGCAGAGGUCAGAGACAGGAUUGUGUUGAGGUACAGAUUUGAGGCAGGCUACAAAAACUAAACUGCGUAGAAGAUACCCAAGAGCAAUGUGGCCUCCAUAAUUCUUAAAUGGAAGAUAUUCGGAACAACCAGGAAUAUUCCUAGAGCUGGCAGCCUGUCUAAACUGAGCAAUUGGGAAAACGGACCUACAGAGAGCUACAGCUACAGGAGCUACAGAGAUUAUAUGUGGAGAUGGGGAAAACUUGCAUCACUACCAUAACUACUACAACGAUUACUGCAACAUUCCACCAAUCCAGCCUUUAUGGCAGAAUGGCCAGGCAGAAGCUUUUCUGCACAUUAAAGCCCUCUUGAUAUUUUCGAAAAAGCACCUAAAGUACUGUUGCUGUACUGUAAGAAACAAGAUGUUCUAGUCUGAUGAAAUGCAGAUUGAACUGUUUGACCUCAGUUCAAAACUUCAUGUCUGGAGAAUCCAGGCCCAACCCAUCACAUGCACAAUAUCACCAGAAUAGUAAAGCAUGGUGGUGAUAGCAUCAUUCUUUGGGGAAGUUUUUCAUCAGCAGGGACUUGGACAUUGGACUUGGUUGAGGAAAAACUAAAUGUAGCAAAAUAGAAAUAUUGUUAAUGAAAACUUGGUCUAUAACGCUCAUACUGGGCAGAAGUUUCACCUUGCAACAAUACAAUGACCUUAAGCACACAACCAAGACAAAACUUUGCUUUUAUAUCAAAUUUAUGUAUUAACCCCAGUAGGAAUUGAGUCAUGGGAGAGCACCUAGUUUGUAGUUGGCUUUUUUCAGCUAUUUUAUUUGUUUGACAGUGUUUAACACAGUGUGCCCUCAAUGCUAAUUGACUCCAGAAACUACAGCAAAUUCAAUGAGAUUAAAUUGUUAUAGUACCUACAGUGAUCUUUUUUAUUAGCAGAUCCCAGAGAUAAUAUACCGAUGAGCGAUGGCUUUGUACAAACUACCAUGUUUAUCACUCAGUAUAUAUGUAGACCACAGCAGUUACCAUGCCCAAGACUAGUCAUCACUGUACUAUAUUAUUUGUUCCACACCUUACAUUUACGAUAUGGGUGAUAAAUUUACCGUUAACGUUGUCAUUCAAUAGCUAAUUAAAUUGAGUUUUGUGUCCUUCUUACUAGCAGAAAGAAGGAAGGCAGUGAAAAAGUGAACAGUUUACUGUAAAAUCUAGAACAGAGUCUAUCAGGCUUAACACUGAGAAUUGCCUAGAAUUGACACAGGAAAUGCAAAUGUCAAAAUAGCUAAACUAAAGAAAUAGAAACUAAUUUGGUUAUGUUUCCAGCCUUACUGUAUUAGCCUAAAAUCUGCGGUUCCUUGGUCGAUUCAUGGCACUUUCCAGUUUAAUGAAUAACCCUGUUUGAGGAAAUACUUACAACUAGUUUUUUUAUUUUCCAGGGUUUUCCAGGUCUGCGUGGACAAGAUGGACAAAAGGUAAAGACUGUACUCAAUGCCUAUUACCUGUGUUUGUUUUUAUGUAACCUUUCUGUAAAAAGUACAUUAGAUUAAGAAAACAAAGACAUGUAGGCAGCUGCGGUGAGUAUUAAAGCUGUGGGAAAAAUAAUUGUUAUGGCUAAAUAUACAUAUUUAAAGAUCUGAAACAAAAUGGUGCAGCUUUGCUCCACUCCCCUGGUCUUCUACAAGAGGACUUAGGAUAUCAUGGCUGAAAUCUGGUCAAUCUGGUCAAAUCCUUGUUCUAAAUACUUGUGUGAAGCCUACAUGCCAGUAAUGAUUGUUCAAUACACAAUCACUGUGGAAUAACCACGUAAGUACAUAGAAGAUUAUCCAAUUUCAAGAUGCGUCUUCUAUUCAAGUUCCAUCUUCUAGUUUGAAUUUGAAUGUCUAAUUAUCCUUUGUAUGUAAUGUUCUUUUUCCUAUAGACUUAAUUCUCUCAUGUGACAAUUAUUCAACUGCAUUUCCCCUUACAAUGGUUACUUUUUAUAGGGCUGCCGAAUCAAGAUGAAGUAUAUAUGUUCUGUAAGGUGACAGGGUACAAAAAGACACAUUUUACGUACUGGUUUAUAUUAGCACUGUUUACGUUUUUUUUUUAUAUGUGUUAAAACAGGAUUACCUGAUUGAAUGCCAAACAAUGUCUGUAGAAACAGCCGGCUCCAAAUAGUGCUGUCUACAUACAGUAUCUAUGACCCAUGAAGGGAUUGGAUGCUCUAUCACUUAGUAUACCUGUUCAUUUUAAGAUGUCGUUCCUGGUAACUUCUCAUUUCAUGUUGUAGGGCGUUAAAGGCUACUUUGGCUUAAAAGGAGAGCACGGGGUGCAUGGUGACAAUGGAGAUGAUGUAAGUUUACAAAUAAGGUCAUGUUGGUCAUGGUUGUGUUUUGUGAGUACUUUAAAUUCUUCUUUAAAUUCUACAACUUGUUACAUAUGAAGCAUAAUGAAGAAUGUAUAAGUCUGUAUAUUUUAUAUAGAACAUACAUUACAGUGAGUGAAGCACAUUAAAUUGGAAAUGAUGCCAAGGAGUUGUGGAGACAUUAUUAGAAACCAAGACACCAAAAGGUCAAGUGGUGCAUUAAUGUCUCCAGAACCCAGAGAUGAUAUUCUCCAGAACCCAGAGAGUAGUUUGUUUAAACUAAUGUAUGUUUCGCCCCCCAACACUAUAUCCUUUUCUAAAACCUGGCUCUAUAUCUAACCAUUCACGUGGGAUGUGCCACUGUUUUCUAAUACCUAGCGAGUUAUCGCGUGGACAUUUCUUGGGGCACUGUAGUGACCACACAGACAGUGAUUUACUAACACAAUAAUAGGACUGGACAUUUGAGUUACGUUUUUCUUUAUUUAGUUUUGCACGCUGUUUUUUUAAUGGGAAAAGUGAAUGUUCAGUGUGCUAACGGCAUUAUCACUAUUGUUUUUAUAAUUGUCUCGGUUUCUAUGAUUGAUGCUUCCAUGUCUGCCAUGCAUUUUGCAUUCACAAUAAGAAAUUGUAUUUGAAAAAAAUUAAAUAAUAAUUUAAUGUUGAAGCGGCAGAGCUCUGGGUAUGUUGAAUGUUAUAUUGACUCUUCAUGUUAUAGUCUGUUUGGCCAUGCACCCACUAUACACUGAACAUUGCCAUAAUUUAAUUAAGGGGAAGUCCACUGAAAAAAAUGGGAUGCAUUUUGACAACAGUAUACCUUGAGUUUUUUGUGUAACAAUUUUAACAUGCAGAAAACCUGUUUUUAUAACUACAGAAUGACCAGCCUGGCAAAGAAGGAGAAAGGGGCCCCAAAGGAUAUGUUGGUCCUCCUGGAGAAAAAGUAGGGUUAUUGAUGUUGGGAACAACUUUAAUCCAUAUUCACAAAAUGUGCUUCAUCCUUGAUAUUUUCGAGAUUUAAAAAAUGAAGAAGAAAUAUGAUUACGUAUUGCAUCACAACAUAAUAAAUGGAGUGAUUAUUAUAUUUCCUUGGGAUUUCUUUGCAGUUGCCUACAAACACGAAUGCCGCUCUUUUUUCCUCUUUUGAUUACUUCUUCUCAGAAGAUCUGUGAAUCAAAUGGCGGAAACAUUUCUGCAAAAUAUAUACAUAUAUAUAUUUUACAGCUGAUUGUGCCAUUUUCUUAGUUCGGAUGGAAUUGUUGCAUGGAUGAAAUUUGUCCAAACUGAAACACCUUUUGAACGAAUUUCAGACCACCUGAACUAUUUUUAUUUUUUUUCGGACUAAUCAAUUCGGACAAACUGAUUUUUUUUUCUACAUGAAUAAGUCUGUAAAGGUACAUUGGCCUCUGGUCACCUGUGAUAUUGUCUCCAUUCACAGAAUGGAAUGUGGGUUUUCUUGGAUCAUUAAAUAUUUAGCGACAAACAGUAUUGGUAAAAACCUAAUCAUUCAUAUUAUGAUGUCAUAGCAAUAAUAGAGAAUCACAUUAUGUAAGAGAAACAGGGUGGAUAAUAUUUUAAAAAGAGAUAUUGAUACAAGGAAACUCAGAUAUCAACUUGCCCUAAAGAUCUUGGUUUAAGUAAACACAGCCUGAAGUGGCGAAUAUACUUGUGAGUGGUUGCUAUGUGAAUUAUUUUUAUUUUUUAUAAAGUGCGACAAAUUCCACAGCGCUGUAGAAUGGAUUCAAUUAUGGGAUGCAUACAGCCAUUUAGAAUGUGUAAUAUGUGCAAGUAUUUACAAAAUAAGUUUAUAAGACUGACAUCUAGAUUUAAAGACGAAAAUAAAUUUUUUAUUUUUUUUUAGAGAGUAUCUGUUGCCUUUUGUGUGUGGCUCUCAAACCCGCAAUCAAACUGGAUAGAAAAUAAACCGAGGUUAAACCGAGGAACAGACAAUUUAGAAUGUAUAAACAGCAUUACUGAUCUGUUUAUUCCUCGGAAGUCUAAACAGAAAAUAUAAUUUAUGUGUUGGAUUAUUUGUUAAUAUAAACUCUUUUAAUUACAGGGUAUGCAGGGCAUGCCUGGACACCCGGGACCCAAUGUAGGUGUUUUUAAAUCUAUAUAUAUAUAUAUAUAUUUCUGCAUGCAAUAAUAAUUACUUAUUCAUUACAGCGAUGGAAAACAGUGUUUGAAUUGGAGAUGAGGGUGAAAUAUAUCAAAUACUAGUCAUUCAGUGAGUCAAUGUACUUUAAGUCUUUAAACAUAAUAUUUAGUAAUGAGGAUUAUAGUCUGGAUGAGUUAAUUUGUCUGUGAACGUGGCUUGUCAAAAAGUCACUACAGCUUCUCCAGGGAGGUUAUCCACUAACAGGAAACAGAGAUGGAUUUUAAAACAAAGGUGGCAUGUAAUAAUAAAUUGAAUAAAACCCCCAGAUGUUAAGAAAUAAUUACUAUUUUUUUAUUUUAUUUUUGCAUUUUCACUACUAUAACUAUUAGUCAGAUAGCUAGUUGUUAGAAAAUGUUAUUUGUGUGUAAAAUGUUUAACAAAAUAGAACUAUUUUACCAAAUUGACUCACUAUUUAAUGAACAGUUCUAAAAUUAGAUGAUAUCACAUAUUCACCAAAAAAUAGAAAUUAUUCAGUAUGUUGUAAAUGGUUUUGUUUUGUUUUUUAAAUACACAGCAUUAGUAUCAUCUAUGGGCCAUGUACAUAAAAAGGGUUAUUCACUAAAAUUAAUUUCCAAUUUAAGGUCAAAAUAUAUAUGAAAUAUAAAAGGUUUCAGUUCAGCUACUCUGGCCUUACAUUUUAAAUUCACUUUGAAUUCUCACUUUAGUAAAUAACCAUGACAGGGUUCAAAAAUUAUUUCAAAUUUAAAGGAACACUCCAGCCACCAUAACCACUAUAGUUUGCUACAGUGGUUAUGGUGUCAGGAGUGCCCUGCCGACCCACCAUUUUAAUUAGCCAAACUGGUUUAAAAUGGUUUGACUUCUUACCUGGGUGCUCCUCACCUCCUCUACAAGUCCAUAUGCAAAUCAUUUAUUAGAACUCAGCAUAUGGGUUAAUUGGCUGCCAAGCCUACCAACUUGGUGCAUAUGCAGGCUAAAUUACACACUUACUUUAUGAAAGAGCAUGCUCUGCAUGGAGACGCUGAAUUUUCCUUAUAGAGAUGCAUUGAUUCAAUGCAUCUCUAUGAGGAGGUUCUGAUUAUCCAAAUUUCCCUAUGGGGGAGCAUUGUAUUGGCUAAAAAUCGGCCUUUUUGGAUGAUGUCACAAAGGGGACGGAGUCCGUGCCAGCGGACCCGCACAGUGCUGGGAAUAGAGUUUUAUACUUUCAUAGGGGAGCUAAGGGGGGGCAAGCCACCUAAAUACAUUUUUGUGUUCCUGACCCUAUAGUGAUCCUUUAACAUAUUGCCUUACAGACAGGGUCGAACUUGAUGAACUUUAGUCUUUUCAACUUUAACAGCUAUGUAAUGCUGUAAUCAAUCAUACCACCUGUACUGGGUAACCACUUCUCUUAAACGGUAAAUUUGACCAUAUCCUCUUGAUUUUCAGGAAUGUGAAAUACUUGACAUCAUCCACAAACUCAGCUGUAAGUAA